AUGCCCCGGAGAAAGAGGUUAGCGCAUGUGCGUAAAAGCGAGGUGCAAAAAAACUCCAAAAUUUUAGAGGACGCGUGUUGCGGCCUCUCUUAAGAGCCGAGAGUCGGAGGCGCUCGGGUUCUCGUGCGGAAGGCAUGGUCACCCUUUAGGAAAUAGGUAUGGCUGAAAGGCCACGGGGAAAUGCAAUAUGCAGCAGGAGAAACGCAUGAAGACCAAAAAGAUGCAAAAAUAAGGUGUCUUUUUCAGCUUCCCAGUCGCUGUAAACAGCUGUUCUGUAAUUCAGCAGAAAGUGUUUAUAGAUUUGGGGGUGCUGUAAAAGGGAUUUGGCGUUCAGUAAAUGUAAACACAGACUUGAACGCAGUCCCAUUGGAUCCAACAGAAUCUGCUUUUUAUUGGUGUUUAUGGUAGUAGCUUGCAUAGACGAUUUUGAAAACCAUUGGCCAGCUUGCAACGUUGACAGGACUGUGUGGAAACUCUCACUAUGAAUAAAUUCAUCAGAAUGGGAGUGGUACACAUGGCCACCGCAAUUUGCAUCAUUAUGAACUUGAAAGUACAGUUACGAUAUUGCUUCAGGCCCAGGGGCAAAGCAGAUGUGGCAACAACCACAGAAAAUGUCCUUACCUGCUUGAGCACCUGUGCACAUAUUCUAGGUGCACCCUGUUACAUACAUUUAAAUGCUUUUACCACAUUUGUUGGAUUGUUCACAUGUAGUCUCCAUGCCAAGAACAUGUUUACUAAUGCUAUACAGUAUGUGAGUAGACAAGUACAAGUGAUAAGUGCAUUCAAAUGUUCAUUUCUGUAUAGAACACUUCUAUACUAAGCAUCGUAUCUAUGGUUGCCAUUAAAUCUGCUGCGAUACAGCAUGUUGAACACUCCCAAGCAGAAAUCUAUGCCAAACUGAGCCAAGCAGUGGCCCAAAACAUUACUGGAAGCAAUUACAGGGGAGCCAUAGAAUAUGGGUCAAAACAGACAUGGUAGUGGACAUAAAUAAAGUGCUCACCCAAAAAAUACACAAAGAUGUCUACCUAGAAGUCAUGUGUUCCAACCUACAAGCCAUUUUUCCCAGUUGCUAAGUCCCAUUCUCAUUUCCACUAUCUACAGAAGUUGGAUAUAUCUAGACUUAAAGGCUUUUCUGCAUUUUUCCUUUGUGUGCUUUUUUUUAAUAUAAAUUUAUAUGGCUAAUUUCAUUGAAAAUUCAGGUAAUUAAAAUAAUGAUUAUCUUAUGUUUUGACAUUAACCUAUGACUUUCUAAAAGAAUGACACUGAUAGGUCCCUCUAAGAAGAAAUGAAAACUACACAAUAUAUGCAUAUUUUUUGGGGGGGGAAUCAAGAGCACUUGCCUUCUCACUUUUUGGUGUAAUGCAACAGCAGAUGACACAUCUACAGGGGGGGGGGAUAAAAGGCCAUGCUAGUCAAGUUAAUGAUGAAAUAGUCUGUAUUUUUUGUGUUAACUUCUUCUAAAAUCUGAAUGUAUUCCCAUAAUAGGCCUUACUGCAUAAUUUCUUUUGAAUGUCUUAUUGGCUUGAUUUGAGGUAAUUGUGUGAGACAGGUAGACCUGCAAUCAUAGGUUUGUUGCAAAGCAAACUGUGUUCAGUGUCUUAGGAUUCAUAUUGCUGUAGUUAUCUGAGCAUGAGCAAUGCAGUCUUUGGAGAUGACUGUUUAUUAUCAUGACGGCUAUGUUUUACAUGUUUUAACCCUCUUUUUAAGAGUCAGUUCAGAUCUUCAUGCUUUCUGUUCCCAACACUUCACCAUCAUGUCCAAAUUAGAAUGGUUUCAUCUCCCCUAUGAUGAGGUACCCCACUUCUGUGCUGAGAGUACACACAUCCUGCUGUAAGGAGAGAUCAUGUACAAGUUAGGAAACAGGAAACGUGAAGCAAUCUUGUGCUUCCUAUUCCAAAUCUCCAAGAUUCUAACAGCAAAUUCUAACAGCAAAUUCACACAGGAGACUGCAGCUGUAUUAACAUUUAGUAAACCUUGCAGAUCCAAGGGAGAGUACCGUUUGUGAAAACUAUUCCUCCACGUGGGUGGCUACAAUUCUUACAGUGGUGGCAGCUCAAUGAAUUUCAGAUCUCUCUCUGAAGGAACUUGUAAUUCUCUGGAGGAGGAAGAGGUCUCAGCCACUCCUUGUGAGUAUCCAUGAUAGCUAAACUCAUUUUUGAAUGGUAAGAGUUCCAGAUAAGCAUCAGCCCAUCCUAAACACAUUUUACACAUGGCUCUUAUGCCAGCUGGUGCAUCUGAUCUCAUUUAUAUAAGCAGUGAGUCAAGUGGUUAUUGAAAGUAAAAACAUCUUAUUUUUUUAAAUUUAAUUUGAAUUAAGUUUAGCAUCAUAAGGAACAUUUAUUUAGGAUUGUAAUAUUAAAUAUAGGACAGAAAUGUCUGUGUUGCAAAAGCAACAAGAUAGUUGGGCAUGAUUUUAAGAGACCAUGCAGUUAAUAUUAAAGAGAAGAAUGUUAAAGUAUACAGCCUUGCUUAAUCAGAAUGAUGUGAUCUAUCUGCCCCAAUAUUCUUUAUCAAAAAGCACAAGAAAUAAUUUCCUGAUCACGUAUUGAACUUCUUAGGUAUGGGAAUGGAGUCUUGGUCCCGUUAUCUUGUUUCUCUUGAAAUAAAUAUCCAUCCCUCAUUACUUUAUCUAAUCUCAUUAAUCUAUUAUCACCAUUGGUGAUCAUGAACUUUGACGGUGGUAAAUUCCAUAGACCAAGGCUGUGAUUAUGUCAUUGCAGCAACUUUUAUUUGAAAGCUCCUUGAUGUUACAGCUUAUGCUCUGCCAGCCAUUUUUGUAGUUCUGUUGUUUUGUUUACAAACUUCUGUAAGAUUAUUUCAUUGGCUAGACUCCAACCAAAAUACAGCAGUUGUUCCAUUCACUUUUCAAAAUGAUGUGUAAUGUUCUGAGCUAUCUCUUUAAGAAAAGAAAUGAAGUGUUCACAUCCUUCGAAAAUUCAGUCCUAUACAUAUUUACAUUAAAUUAAGCCUUUUAAACUCUAUCGGUGUUGCUUCCAAGGAAAUGUGGAUAGGCUGCAUGCUUCACUAACACAGGCUUUCAAUGGCCUUGAUAAGUAGUUUUGUUUUAAUACUGCCCCCUUCUCUGUACAGUGGUGCCUCGCAAGACGAAAUUAAUCCGUUCCGCGAGAGUCUUCGUCUAGCGGUUUUUUCGUCUUGCGAAGCAAGCCCAUUGACGGAUUAGCGCUAUUAGCGCUAUUAGCGGUUUAGCGGCUAUUAAAGGCUUAAAGGCUUAGGGAUUAGCUGCUAAAAGGCUGUUAAAGGCUAUUAAAGGCUUAGCAGAUUAGAUAAAGGGGAAGCGAAAAAAAUCUCAAGACUGCAUAAGGUAUUUUCGUCUUUGAAGCAAGCCCAUAGGGGAAUUCGUCCUGCGAAGCAACUUCAAAACGGAAAACCCUUUCGUCUAGCGGUUUUUCCGUCUUGCGAGGCAUUCGUCUUGCGGGGCACCACUGUACCUCCUACUCAAGAAAGUGAUAGCCAGAACUCUACAUAUGCAGCACCAGUACCAUAAAAAGAUACAUUUUGUAUAGUUUUUGUAACAUUCAAUUUCCUGGUACUUUUUAUGUGAUGCUAUUUCACAAUGUUAUCACUAUAUUUUAAUAAGAAGAACCAAACACCACUAAUAAAAACCGCCCACCUCAUUACAUCUUCCUUUGCAUCUUUCUGGCUUCUAGUUCCUUCGGGUUAAACAUGUCUAGUCAAGGAACAACCUACUCUUGACAAAUUUUCUCACGGCACUGUAGCUCCUGGCCUACUUUUGCAGUACAUUAUCUAAUGGGAAAUGGAAAUUACUUUGUUUCAACACACUGGCACAUUAUUAUAGUCUGUAACUAUUAGCAACACUUUACUACAGAUCUGUCUGCAGUUUUGGCAGCUAUUGCAAAAUUAUUAAAAUUAUAAAAAAAAUCACAGCUAUUGCAAAAUUAUUCUCAAGUGCUGAAGGCACAAGUUAACACACUAUGAGCUACUGCAGAAAACUGGAUAUAGGAAUUAGGAGCACAUGUAUAUAACCAGACUGGGAUUUAUUUCAUUCCAUGCCACAGGGUCUUCUUCUGACGCAAAGCAAAAUACUAGGUAAGAAAAUAAUUAACAUUUAGUGUAUAUUUUUAAAAGCUUCAUGUCAGCAGUUAAAACCUGUUUUCCACUGUUCCAUUUAUUUUUCUAGCAUUGCUAUAGCUUAUCAUUCAGUUCAUUGUCCUUGUUUAAAAAAAGUGAGCUUUUUCUAAAAGUUUAUUGAGAAGCCUGUUUUAAUGAGAUGCCUCAGCUCAUUUAUAAAGCUCAUAUGAAAAUCAGAUUAUGCUAUCUAUAUGAAGAUUUUCUCUACAUAUUCUCUCCAAAACAUCUUGCAGACAUUAGUAGAAAAGAAAUAAUAAUCUUUAUUUAUUAAUAUUGCACAGUAAGGCUUGGGACUGGUCUUGUAAAAGCUUGUCACUGUGGGAAGAGUUUUUCUUCAGUAAAUAUACAUGUGGAAAGUGAUUUGGUGCAUCAAAUCGUUCAUGCCAAAAUAAAACCUGUUUGCCUUUAAGGUGCCACAAAACACUUCGUUUUUGCUUAGCUCUGUAAUUCUGCAGGCACUCUUUACACAACUUACUCUUUACCCCAGACCUCAAUUUAAGAGUGAGUCUUGCAGUCCAGUUCUAUCUCAUUGGGUUCAGGGAUACCUAACUCGGCAUAGCAUUGGGCUGCUAUCGAGAUGCAGUUAGGCUGUAAUCCUCUGAGCACUUAUUUGCCAGAAGUCCUAUUGUACACAAUAAGCAAUUACAGUUGUGCAUUCUGGUCCAGCUAUUCAAAUCCUUGCAGAACCAAGCCCUGCCAUGGGCAUAGUCAGGAUUUAUGUUGGGGUGUGUGCGUGUGUGUGUGUGUGUGUGUGCGCGCGCGCGCAGGACACCCACCUGUCAUCAUCCUCUGUCUGGCUCUGGCUUGCAGAUUCAGGCUGAAAUGUCUCAACAACAGUUGUUUCAAAUUACUUUCUGUUCACCCUAAGUGCUCAGAAAAAUCUGUCCACAUCUUCACUAGGAUGUGCCACAACAUCAUUGAAGUGACCCCAGAGAGUACUGUAUUUCAAUUUCAAAUAUUCUGAUUAUUUCUACUUUUAGUAAGGUAUUUUAUUUACUUGAUUUAAGGGGGCAGGCCGGGGCAGCUGCUCCCCUGCCUCCCUGCCUAAACCCAAGCCCUUCAAGGUGAGAAUGAGGAACCUGUGACCCAGAUGUUGCCAGGUAAAACUUCCCUAAAUGCUCUGCACCGGCCGCGCUGCCUGAGGCAGGUGGGACUUUGGAGCCUAGUUGCAAAGACGUGUUGCUCUUGUUCACAAGGUGGAAGGAGCACCCGCGGUUCCCUUACUUCCUCGGGGCGGUGGGGCAACAAAACCUGCGGCGUCUAAGGGGUGCCGGUGUCUCAGCGCCGGCCGAGUGCCUCGCGCGCCUCCGCCGCUGGGUGGAGCUUUGCCUCGCCGCUCUCGCCGCUGCCUCCCGGGAGCCUCUUAUCUUGGCAGGAGGAGGAGGAGGAGCGCGGCCGGGAGGGCCACGCGGUCACGUGCGCGGGAGUGGGAACUACAAGAGAAGCCGAGGGGAGGGGGCGCGCGGAGCGGACCGCGGCUGGUCGGAAAAGGUUGCGCAGCUGCCGGCCUGGCGCCGCCGCCCGAAGCGGUGAGAGAAAGAGGGGCGGUGGAGAGUGCGCGCACACACGAGGGGAGGGGGGGUGUUGGAGGCGUAGAAAGCGCAAGCCCAAAGAGACCCCCCCUCCUCCUUUCCCCCCUCGCCUCCUUUCCGCGCGCGCCUGCUGAAUUGCUAGGUGGGGCUGCGUGGGAAGCUGAGGAGCUUCCCCCUCACUCCGUGUUUGGGGAUGGGAGUUUGCGCCUUCUUCCCAGAACCUGUGAGUGCGCUUUCUGCCUCGCUCGGGGCGUGCUGCCCUGCUUGAACCCCGCUCCCCAGCAGCACCCACCCCCUUGGCUGGCAGCUGCAGCGCACUUCGGAGUGGCGGGGACCGGGGGUUGCAAGUGGAGAGCGCGCUCCUGCCAAGUGCAAGCGGCGGGGCCGCUCCCUUGGCUGCGCUCUCGGGAUGUGCAAUAAUAGCAGCGCGGGGCGCAGGAGGUCCGGGCAGGCUUUGCGCAGAAGUGCGGGUCCUGCUAUAUAGCAAUUGCUCGCGUCUCGUAGGGCGGGGGGCGUUCCUCCACCCUACCAAAAACCGUCACGUGUGACAAGAUGUUUUAAUUUUGCGGGCUAAGUUCGCUGCCUUACGAACUCGAAAGUUCAGAGGGGCCAACAAGCCUUUAUCUCUGUUUGGAUUGGACCGCUGAAAAAGUGGCAGCAUAGCAUGAGGGAUUUUAGUACCUGAAGCCUGUCGCAUCUUAGGAGGAGCUUUACUUGCUGGGCUCGGUUUUUUUGUCGGAGAAACAGACAUGGCUUGGGGGGGGGGGCACACGAGGUUGCAAACCCAUCAGAAAUUGGUUUCUUGCUUUUUGCUAAGGUUGGUCAUUCAUGGUGCGAAGAAGUGCCUUUGGUACACGUGUUACUCAUCAUAGAUAUGCAUACACUAGUAUCUUAAGGUUCUGUGUGUAUGUUCAGUCCUAGAAUAUGCAGUUUUAUUCAUAUCUCUCCUUAAGGUAGUUUAUCCUGCAUUGCAUGGGGUUGAAAUAGAUGACCCUUGGAAUUCCUUCCAACUGCACAAUUCUGUGAUUUUAUUAUUUUAUGAUAACUAUAAUAAUCAAACCUCUGAGCAUAUGGAAGGAAGUACAGUGGUACCUCGGGUUAAGUACUUAAUUCGUUCCGAAGGUCCGUUCUUAACCUGAAACUGCUCUUAACCUGAAGCACCACUUUAGCUAAUGGGGCCUCCUGCUGCCGCUGCGCUGUCGGAGCACAAUUUCUGUUCUCAUCCUGAAGCAAAGUUCUUAACCCGAGGUACUAUUUCUGGGUUAGCGGAGUCUGUAACCUGAAGCGUAUGUAACCCAAGAUACCACUGUAGUUGUAACAUGAAGUUAUCACAGAAACUAUUAUGAUGGAUGUGCAGUUGAACAUGAGAAUUAACCAAUGUGUAUUUAAAAUUAAAAUGGAAGCCCAUUUAUACAGUGACUGAACACACAUAUCCGCACAGGACUUUUUGGCUCUUGUGUUUUUUGUGUGUAUGGUUAAAUGUAAGAUAGGGAGUGAGAAGACUUUCAAACAGAUGGAGUAUUCUAACCAGUGUCUUAUCUUCUUUUUAACUUAAAUUGGCAUUGUAACUUGUUUUGAUUUUCUCUGGAGCAAGUAUAAUGUAGUUUGUUUUUAAAUGUUUUAUUAAAAUAUUUCUUGGGUAGCAAGGGUACAUAUAGUUUGUCAGUUUUCAGAUAAUAGGGUCCUUUCUACAAAUCAGUUAGAUUCAGUGAUGUAGUUGAUAGCUGUGGUCUUACUAAUCGUCGUACUGCCUUCAUAUUGACUUUCUAAACAAAGUUGGUCACUGCAAGGAAACUGUUAAAGCAUUUAAAGUUGACAAUAUUCAAGUCAAAUCUUUAGGAUUCUGCUAAAAUAGCUAAACUCUAAAUUUGGACCACAUUCUAGCUUCCUGCAAUGCAUUGACUUUUUUGUUAGGUUAUGAUUCCUAGGAUAUUCAAAAUAACCUACACAGAACAUUUGUGCUACUGAGUGUAGAUGUGUACAACAAGCUAAAGUUUUGAUCUUUUAAGUCAUAGUUUAAAUAAGACCAAUAACAUGCAGGUUUACUCUCUUGACAUAGCCAGAAUUAAAUACCCAUAUUAAUUAAAUAUCCCUACCUUAUAUCUAUGUUAAUUGUCAUAUAGUUAUGAGAAUGAUGUCCUCAGUUCUGGAGAGGAUUUUAUUACUAUUCAUUACAAGAAUUUAUCAAUUUUCCAUUACUUUAACAGAAAUGCAAACUUUAUUGUUUGCACCACAAAACCCAUCUUAUUUAGCUUACAGAAACUGCAUUCACAACCUUUCACUAUCUGUAAAUCUUAAUUUCCUUAGGUAUGCUGUUUCCCAAAAUGGGAAUGGACAUAGAAUUUUAGAAAACUUAAAAUGCAGAUGAAAAAUUAGUACAACUCACUAUAACAAAGUCUAACUUAUCUGGCCUUAAGAAUUUAGCCAGUGGCAGACUUUAGGCUUUCAAAUUUCAGCGGUGCAACACUAAAAUUUGGCAAACCCCGCCCCCCGCGCUCUGUUGUAUAGCAUAGUUUUGGCACCCCCUGCAGUGAGUAACCCAGUGCAACCACACCAGUCGUGCUGCUCUAAAACCACCUCUUAUUCAGUGGGUGCAAUAAAUAAAUCAUGCAACAGGGAUUUCAGGGCACUGUUAUUAGCAAGAUCAGCGUUUUGUGUUAUCGUGCCCAUCACUGAGGAGUGAGGCCAUUGUACAGAGUGCAUUCUGUUCCUUGAUCCUUAUGGAGACUGUGCAACAUUGCGUGGAGCAGGAAAGAUGACGAAACAUCCCAUACUGGCAUUAUGCAGAUCCAGCAGCACUCUUUCAACAUAUCCAACAGUUAGAGCUCUUGACAGUUCUGUGUUUGCCAGUGUUUCUGCUCCUUUUUACAGAGGUGGGGGGAAAGCAGCAGCCUCUAGUCACUCUUCUCCUACUUUUCAGACAAUAAUGCUACACUGUUCUUUCAAUCACACUUAUUUGUAUCCAGCAAAUGCAAAUACCGUACCAAAUGGAGAGCUGUGAGCUUACAGCAGAAAAAUGACAAUUGGCAUAUUAGACUUGGUACAAGCGAGUCACAUUAAAUUCACCAGGGCUUAUUUUGGGGAUGCAUUUGAAGUUUUCCAGUUUAAGGGUCUGAUACUGUUUCACUAAUUCCUGUAGUCUAAGCUUGCACAGUUCUUCAGUUAGUGUUGUUUCCAUCUGGUCCAUACAGAUAAAACAGCAAUUGGCAUAGACGACUGUUUGAACUGUGCAAGUUGCAUAGUUAAUAUCCUUCUUGCAGGCAGCACAAAGAGUUGGGUCAAUGAGAAAACAUGCCUGUAUUUCCACAGCAUGCUUUCCAUUAUCUCAACCAUUUAUUAUAGUGCUGAAUUGGGAGUAUGGAGGCACAUAAAAUUUGGGAGUGUGAUAAAAAAGGCAUCAUUUAAUUCAAGAUCACGCACCAAAAACUGCAUAGAGGGGAAAUUAAAUAAAUCAUGUUCAGUCUGGUGUGUUUCCACUUUAGCAUUUUCAUUAGUAGUAGGAGUAGUAGUAGUAGUAGUAGUAAUACAUACAUACAGUAUUCUACUCUUCCACAUUUUCAUACAUUAAGGAGAACAGUGUACACUGUUGCAGGAAGGGUGGUAUUUAAAUGUAGUAGUAAAUAAACCAAAUAGUAACAGCAGCAGAUUAAAUUUUUUAAGGCAGACAGAGCUAAUAAACCAUAUAGUCUAAUAUAUGUAUAUUACCGUACCAUAUAUAUAUAUAUGUAUGUAUAUAACAUUAAACACUUAAUUGAUGAACAAAUGGGAUGAAAUCUGCAGCAGCAAAUCCAGCUUCAUUGCUUGCUAAACCAAUGGGGAAUAAUGUGUAGCUUACAAGUGAGUCACAUGCAGCCCCCCUCCCAUGAUACUUAGAUCCGGCCACAUGAUAUUAGUAAAAGUCAGUGUCUCAGCUAAAACAAGCAUGCUAAAAUCAAAGCAUUAGUCCUAGUUGAAAAGGAAAGGAUAGCAUGACAGUGGCAAUGUGUCUUUUUCUAAAAUAAAGAAACCCAGACUAAACCUCAUACUAUUUCCUUUUUUCAGUCCUUGAGGAUACAAGGAUUCACAUGCCAUGGGAUAUUUUUAUCAUUUGAUUAAAAACAAAACUUUGAACCUUUUUCUAGGAGUGCGGUGACUGCAGCACCAGCAUGAUCUUGAUUAUGCAGAAACCCUGAACUAUCAAGAUUUAAAGAUAAAGUACUCAAUGCCAUCUACUAGAACAAUGUAUAGGAGCUCUCUCACUGAUCUGAAAGAUCACAAUGCAAACACAUUCAAACAUUGACAUGUCUCCCAAAGAGCUUACCAAAUGAUAGCUAGGUCCAUUGUAUUAUAUAAUUUGCAUACUUUAAUGCAAGGGUAGCCAACAUGGUGCCCUGCAAAUGUUAUUAGACUGCAGCUUCCAUAAUUCCUAGCUACAGUUGUAGCUCGGGUUACAAACACUUCGGGUUACAGAAGUAGUAACUCAGGUUAAGAACUUUACCUCAGGAUGAGAACAGAAAUCGUGCGGCAGCAGCGGGAGGCCCCAUUAGCUAAAGUGGUACCCCAAGUUAAGAACGGUUUCAGGUUAAGAACGGACCUCCGGAACAAAUUAAGUUCAUAACCAGAGGUACCACUGUACUGCCCAUGUGGGCAGGGGCUGAGGGGAGUUCUAGUCCAACGGUCUGUAGAGAGCACCAAGUUGGCUACCCCUGCUUUAGUGGUUCCCUUCCCCUAGUCCAGACUUUCUCAAUCUUGGGUUCCCAGAUGUUGUUGGACUGCCACUCCCAUCAUCCCUGACUGUUGCCCCUGCUUGCUAUGGAUGAUGGAAGUGGUAGUCCAACAUCAUCUGGGAAACCAGGGUUGAGAAAGGCUGCCCUAGUGUUUAUAGGUACAAUCCUGGUGGUCCAAGUACGCUUUGAUUUGCUGCUAUACUCCCAUGUGCUGAUCUGCUUUUGCUGUAUGAGUCAAAGACUGAAUAACUGGCAACUAAUCACCUGCCCUGGGGACGCGGGUGGCGCUGUGGGUAAAACCUCAGCGCCUAGGACUUGCCGAUCGCAUGGUCGGCGGUUCGAAUCUCCGCCGCGGGGUGUGCUCCCGUCGUUCGGUCCCAGCGCCUGCCAACCUAGCAGUUCAAAAGCACCCUUAAAGUGCAAGUAGAUAAAUAAGGACCGCUUACCAGCGGGAAGGUAAACGGCAUUCCGUGUGCUGCACUGGCUCGCCAGAUGCAGUUUGUCACGCUGGCCACAUGACCUGGAAGUGUCUGUGGACAGCGCUGGCUCCCGGCCUAUAGGGUGAGAUGAGCGCACAACCCUAGAGUCUGUCAAGACUGGCCCGUUCGGGCAGGGGUACCUUUACCUUUACCUUUUAAUCACCUGCCAGAAGUCACAAUGAUUGCCCAAACCUUCCUUCAUAAGGAAUUGCAUAAGAAGGCAAAAUUGGAGUCACUAUGUGCCCUGUUCUAUGAUAGUUCUCAGCAUGGGUGAAGCCAGGAUUUAUGUUUGGGGGGGGGGCAGAACUGAGCUAUCUGUGAUGUGAUUGGUCAGUUAGUUAAGUAUUUUUAUUUACAGCUUGCCCCUCUGGUUACACCCAUGGUUGCAAGUGAUUAGAGUGGUGGAAUACUGGAAAUCUUUAAAACUCAUUAUAAUGCUGCAAUUGAUUAGUGAGGUUGCAGUUAAGCAAGAGAGGUGGGGUGGGAAGAAUGGACCAAACAUGGAAGGACUGUAGCUCAGUGGACAGAGUACACGAUUUCUAUGCAAAAUUCUGAAGCUGACUCUUUGACUUCUUCACGUAGGGCUGGGAUACUCCUGUCUGAAAUCUUGGUGAGCCACUAGCUCACUAUUCUCUAGAAGGAUCUAGAUAUAAGGCAACUACCUAUGUUCCUAAUUCUCCUAUAACAUCCCCUUAAUAUAUCUUCAUCACAGAUCCUGAUGUGCAAUAUUUGCUCAACUGUGAACAAUAUCUUCUGCAUACUGCUUUGCUUAAAUGAGAGGCUUCUACAGAGUAGAAAAGGUUACUAAACUGCCUGUUUCUAGAAGAUAUGCUGUUACCUUGUGAGUCCUUGAGUGUGAGGAGGUGGGGAGGGUUGCAGAGUAAUAAUAUAAUAGCCUGGAACACUUAAGCAUGUUUCAAGAGCAGCACUUCCAGUUCUUCAUGCACUAGCAAGCCUCCAUAAACCUAAAUAAUACACUUCUGAGUAUUUGGACCAUUCUGUUGAACCAAUGGAAUUCUUGCAAAUAAAUACAUUGCCAGUCUAGUUCACCUGAGGACACUACAGAAAUGUGAAAUUCGUAAGUUUUCUGUUUGAAACCUUUAAGUUGCAUUCUACUACAACUGAGAAUUUUGAUUAAUGCCCAAACAAACCUGCUUAAUUUAAAUGGUAAUCAUCUAGGUAAUGCUGAGUCAUGGAAUGAAGAGAAGGCAGGUGCAAACUUGUCUGUUAGAUCUGCAGCAAGGAUCUUAACUAUGCCAUGUAUAUGUUGGAAGCGGCAGAAUCCAGAUGACACUUUUAAUGGCACUGGAAACAUUUCUGACCAACUUACACUGGUCACAAAUAGACCCUUGAAAUGAACCUAGAUGAUGAGAUAUACCCCAAUCUUACAAAGUCCUGACUAUUUUGCAGAGAUUCAGUUAUGUUUAUAUAUUGCAACUUUGAUUGUCCAAAAUGUGGGGUUGUGUCACCAGCAACAUUCUUUGUAAUGGCUAGUCAGACAGUUAUUGAUAUACAGGGAUUGUGCAUAGACCACCUACAUGCCCUCCAGAUCAUCUGAAAGCUCCUCUGACCCUAAACCCAUUUCUGAAAUUUGAGGGGUACUAGAAUAGCUUCUGGAGAGCACAAAACUGUACACAUAUGGUCAAAAUAUGGGCUGCACACGGAGCUGCUUGCAUAUGUAUCCAUACAGGACUUUUUAAAUACCUGAGCUAGUGUACCCUAUUAAAAAUAUUUCUAAACAAGUGCAGAUUCAUUGCUUUUGGUUGAUACUGCACUCAGACAUAUGGUCUUCAUGCAACCCCUUCCAGCUGAUCAGCCAAUUUAUUUUGGCUACAUCAGGAUCACUGAGGAGGGGAUGCUUUGCCGUCCUCCCACCCAUGACCUCAAUGCAGCCCAAAUCACUGUCCCCAUGCUGCUCUUAGCCAUUUAGGAACAGCAAUCUAGGCUGCAUUGGGAUUGUUAUAACUAUUAAUGGUAAAGCAGGUGUGAACUGCCCUGGAACCUUCAGAUGAUGGGUGGUAUACAAUUAUGUUGUUGUUGUUAGUGAUGGCCACCAACUUGGAUGGCUUUAAAAGAAUAUUAGACAAAUGAAUAGAAGAUAAGGCUUUAAUCAGCUGCUAGCGAUGAUGACAAUGUUCUGCUUCUACUCUCAGAGGCAGUAUGGCUCUGAAUACCAGUUUCUGGGAAUCACAAGUCAGGGGAAUGUUGUUGUGAUCUGGUCUUGCUUAUGGGCUUUCCAUAGGCAUCUAGUCAGCCACUGUGAGAACAGGAUGCUGGAUUGGAUGUGCUUCUAGCCUGAUCCAGCAGGUCAUUCUAAUGUUCUUAAUUAAGCAAAGGCAAUUCUAUUUGUUAAUUAACAUAGCAGAAUCUGUUUAAAAUAUGCACCGUAAUUGAACUGUGGAAUUGACAUGCAUUAAUACAUCUUGUGGUAAUGAACUUGGUUGGCUAUAAAAAGGGAAUUAUGAAAUAGAAGAUGAGACUAUGUGCUACCUCUAGUACUGGAGAUGGUGUGCUUUUUGGUUGCUGGGAAGCACAAGAGGGGAGAGUUCUAUUGCGCUCAAAUUAGCCUCUGUAGGAUCAAGGUGUUGGACUGCCAUGAUAGGCCUCUGUUCCGAUUUCAGCAGUGCUUUCCUUAUGUUCAUGCUGUUUCUGUGUGCUGGGUUCUAAUGUAUUUUUAAUUGCUAAUUGUUAUUUUUUGUGUGAAUGUUGUCACUGAGUACUCCUUUGUUUAGUGAAAAGGGGGUGGGAUAUCAAUUAUACAAAAAAAUAAAAUAAUUAUCUGUAUUUUAGUAGAGAUGAACACUGAGGCAGAACAGCAGCUUCUCCACAAUGCUAGAAAUGGACACAGUGAAGACAUCAGGCAGCUGCUGGGAACUAUGGACAAAGGAGAGGCCAUCUUUAACAUCAACUGCAAAGGUUAGUAUAGGCAGCCUUUUGAGUAACACCUGGGACAUUUAUAAGUGUUGACACCAUGGCUUCAUUGGAACAAAAUGUAUACAUUACUGCAGAAUAUUGGUCUUCUGGUAGUCCUUGGGAGAAUGUAAAAUAUACUGGAAUAUUUCAGGCCAGAUGUCAUAUCAAAAUACGGUGUGUAGCUUCUUGGAUCCAUUGCGGGAAAAGAUACAUUUUUGAGAAGGUAGCAGAAAGGCCUUGUGUCAUCUGGCACCACUGCUUUGUAAAAGUGCCAACUAUGUUUUGAAUAAAUGCCUUGAUGGAUUAUGAUCUACUCCCUCAGACAAAAGCUAAGCUAAAGCCAUUAGCGAAACUCACGGCAACUCGGCCUUCCUUUUUAAUGUCACCUUUCCUCCAAAGAGUGCUAUAUGUUCGUUAUCAUAGCAGCAAUCCUCUUGAGAUUAAGGUUAAGCUGAAAGAUAGCGAAUGGCCAAAGGUUUCCCAGCUGAGUGGGGAGCCCGUGUUUUCCUGGUCCUUGUCUGAAACUCAAGUCUAACUGCUACAAUGCUUUUACUUCUCACUGAGGAUGAUACAAAUUCAAUUUAUAUCAAACACAUGUGAGAGCAUCUUAAAUUGGUGCAGUGCAGAAUCAUGUAGGAUCUUUUUCAGUUUUCUUGGAUGAUAUAACUUUGCUUGCAUGAAGGGAUGCUGUAGUUUAGAUUUGUCGUGUUUUGUAUUGUAUCUUUAGGCAGAAGCAAAUCUAACUUGGGAUGGACACCUCUUCAUCUUGCAUGUUACUUUGGGCACACCAGUGUUGUCAAGGAUUUGCUGAAGGUAUAAACUUGUAAUCUUCUAAUGAAUUAAUAUUUUCUCUGCAACAGAAAUCAGCAUUUCUCCUCCAAAGCAAUUAGCAGUUAACACUGAAAUGUUUAACUUGUAGGUCAAAAGGUUUAAAUAGUUAGAUGCUGAAAACUUAUGCAGAAGUUUAUUAUGUACCCAUUACACUCUGCAGGUGUUUCCUGUGGUACAUAGUGGGUAUGAAUUGGGCAGAAUCUUUAUCAAACCUUCCAGCUUCAACACUUCAUCACACCCAACAUCCCCUUGCAGGAUGGCCAUGUCCACUAUGUGCACUAAUCAGGAACCCUUGACAUAUUCUUCAAAUAGUAUAAUUGAGCUACUUUAAGUGUGUGUGCGUGCAUGUGUAUAUGCAUACAUGCACACACACACACACACAUGAAGCAGAACAUGUUGAUACUCUUAGCAACUACAGUGGACUAGAAGGGAUCAUGCUUCAAACUGAUUAAAAUGUUCAAGCUGUGUCACUUAUCUGUGAAGGUAUAAAGGACUCUUGAUGCAAGUAAGAGUGCUCCUUCAGCUAAAGGUUUUCAGCAUUAAUCCUAGUACUUAAAAUAAAUGGCAUUGGUGGUUUCUGAGUCUGAAAGAUAAGAAACCAAGUUGAAUCUGUUAGCCCAUAGGCCUUUAGGUCACCAGCAGGAGUUCGGAAUGAAAUCUAGGCCUCCUGGCUCUAAUUUUGAAUUCUGUAUGUCUAUGUAAUUGUUAAACCACAUAAUCCAUUUAGUUCUGCUGCAUGUGUAGCUUGAUCUGACCUCUUUGUAACCCUUUUGAGAAAGAAAAUGAGCUGAAUCCAAUUUGAACAAACUGGAUUAAAGGUGGCGAUGAAGUAGACUGGCACACAAGAAUUGCUACCUUCCCAAACACAGAGAGCUUAGAGCUCAGAUCAAGACCAAUAUAGCUUGCACUUGAGCACAGAGCAUAGCAAGUGGACAUGGGUAAGGCAGGCUGGCCAAACCACCUUUUGGAAAAUUUUAAAUUAAAAUGAGUUUGGCAUGGAGAAAGUCUUUACUACACUGGCUAAACUUUCUGGUAGAAAUUUUGGAGUACAGUCAUUCUAAUACAGCCUGUCACUGUCCCAAGUAAAACAGAUUUUAUGUGGAAGUAUGCACCAUUGAAAGCAAGAAUAGAGUUUGUGUGAAUGGUCAGAAACCAAUUUUCUUGGAUGCCAAGCGCUACUAAACAAUCUUUCUUUAUAGGCUGGUGCUGAAGUAAAUGUAUUAAAUGACAUGGGAGAUACCCCACUGCAUCGUGCAGCCUUCACUGGGCGGAAGGUAAAAUUAACAACUUCAGCCUCUUCUCAGAGGCAUACCAUUGCUCCUUGUGACUGUUCUCCCUGUCACAGACACCUUGUAAUUUCCCCGUUAGAAAUGUUUGUUCUGUUUAAUUAUACGUGGCAUUCACUUCCCAAGACCAAAAGUACAAAGCAGAAAGUAAACUGGCUAAAAGGAGGGAGAGGCCUCUGUAGAUAAUGCAACAAAACUUUGUCUUUCAGGAGGUAGUUAUGCUGCUUUUGGAAUACGAAGCCGAUACUUCCAUUGUUAACGGGAAUGGGCAAACUGCAAAAGAUGUUACACAUGAUAAAGAAAUAAGAGAGAUGCUGGAAGGUAUCCAUUCUGUAAGAUAUAUGAACUUUAGAGAAUUGGCAUUCUGGUAAAGAUGCUUUGCCGCUGCAUCAUUCAGUAUGAACAGUGGUGAUGUCUUCAUCCUUCUUAGAGACUAUUUUGCCAAGGUGACAGAGCACUUCUUUUCCCUAAUGAUAAACACUGUCGUGGCUGCUUGAAACUGUGUCUGCAUUGAACACAUCCUGUAUCGCACGAUUAGACCCUGCUGCAAAGCUUUUACAACACUAGAAAUGUGUUGAUGAUGUGAAGAAAACUGCUUGGUAGUUGCUGGUUCACAUGAUAAACCUCUGCACUGACAUUGCAUUGACACAUAGAUAUGCAAAUUUUGCCAAGGACCUGUGCCUUGAAGCUAUUAAGUACCUAGCAGCAUCCCUGUUAGUGUUCAUAAUUAGCACACCGGAAAUCUGUGGUUUUCCCAAGAGCCUGAUGUAAAAGGAGACAAUGGCCUUGUGUAUCAUAACCCACAUAACUUAAGCUUUUUUGCAUGUGUGAACUUCUAAUUUAGUUGCGGCGGUAAUACGUUAUUGAGCCUUUGAUGGGUUUUCUUUCCUCCAUAAGUGAUACAGACUUUGACCAUUUCAAUAGGUGGGCUGUUGUAUGGGUGUAUUCAAUAAAUGUUGAGUCUUUCACAGUUGUUCUUUAAGGCAGUAAAUUGCCAUUUAUUGCAGAAAAGUAUAUACACACACAAACACAAUCAAAUCUGAUUUUAGUGGGGCUUCCAAGUACAAUGUCCUUUAUCCCAAAUUACUUUUUUUAAAAAAAUCUCAUAAGAUAUAUGAUUUGUGUGUCCUAUGAAACCAGUUCUAUUUUUUUGUAAAGAAUGUUCUAAGCCACAUGUUGCCGAUUAUGUUUAGGGUGGCUUCCUUGAAUUGGAUACUCUUUUUACAUAAAAGACCCCUUGUGCAUUGUUUCAUAUGCCUAUUUGUCUGAGGUGAUACAAGGAGUUCCUUCAAAUUAGAAGACCUCAAAACACUUUCCAACUUAUGGUGUAUAUCCUAAGGUUUGUGGCAGAGACCAAUGUUAAUUUAGGGGGCACUAUUCCCUGAGACACACAGCAGACAAUCUAACAUGGGUUGAAACUUUUAUUUGAAUUGUCUGAGGACAUUAGAAAUAAGGAGUUGUAUCCACUAAGUUCUACUAGGUAUGAACCCACUGAAAUUAAUAGACCUAAGCUAGCCAAGUUUAUUUUCAUGGUCCUGCUCUGAGUAGGACUAAUGCUGGAUGCAGCCCAGAGUCAGCAUUCUUUUUAAUACUGGCAUCAAUUGCACGUUUCCUUCUUCUGUCCUAGGAUAGGAGGAAUGUGUACUUGAGUCACUUCUAACAUUGACUUCAGAAGCUUGAAUAGCAUUUUAAUAAGGUGCCUGCAGUAUCAUGCAAUGCGCCUUUCCCACGUAGAUUUGUCAGCUAUAACCAGUUUGUUGAAACUUAAGUGGAGGGUUUAGUAUUUGCCAAUGUAAAUGUCAGUUCUACCUAAAGUUCCCACGUGAUCAAUUGCUUCUGAUAGGCUACUUUUCUACAGUCAGGGAAGAAAGCUAGGUUACAACUUGCCUACACUAGAAUAGUUUGUGAGAACUAGAGACACUCGUGCUUAGAAAAGGAUAAAACUUUCACAGGUUUGAGAAAGAGAGGGAGACAACAUGCUGUGUGAGAGUGAAAGAUUGGCACAUAGUUCAGACUUACGGAGUUUCCUGUCACAAUAUAUGAUGAUAAUGACCUCUUUACUUGAACAAAUUUAUGGAGAAGAAGAGGUCUAUCAGUGGCUAUUUAUAAUGACAGUCAAGCUGAACCUUCAUGUUACUCUGAUUUACAAGUACCAGGAGACAAGCAACAGGGAAGGUAAGAUGCCUUCACCUUCUAGUUGCACAGUUUCUGGAACGAUUUGGCUAGCAGCUAUUGGAAACAGGGCACUGCACUAGGUGGGACCUUUGUCUGAUCUCCCAGGGCUGCCCUUACCUGGGCUCAAUGAGUCGCUUGCCUUAUCCAUAUCUUCUGCUAUUGCUGCCAAAUUCUGUAGUGGUUCUAACAACUCAUUCCCUUUUUAAAAAGAUGCAUUCCCAGCACAGAUGAUAUUAGAUAUAGUACUGUCUCUACUUCACAGGGCUAGAAGCACUGCUUGCUGGGAGUUGUAGUAUGGCAGAAGCAGGAAAAGGGAAGGAAAGAACUGUUUGGGCAUAGAAGAGGUGAGCAAAGGGUCUUAUGUAAAAAGAGUGUGUUACUGGGGAAAGCUGCUGUUAAAAGUAUAAAAUCCACCAGUAUUUUGUUUUAGGACACACUCUCAUUAGUUUGUGGCAUUUAGCAUUAUGACGUAAUUUGGGAUAGAAGUGCUUUGGGAUGGCUGACUGGGGAAAGCUCCACUAAAAUUCUGUCAAGCUUUAUGUUCUGUAUUUCUUUUCGGUUUUUAUUUUUGGUGGAGGGGCUACAUAGUCAAAGCCCUGUAGUUGUUUUAAGACUCUCUAAUCUUUAAUACACACACAUAAGCCUUGGAAUGAUUAGAAAUUGUAUUACCGUACUUAUGUAGAUAGCAAACCUGCUUAGAUAUGAUUCAGAUAAAGUCUAUAUUUUGUGAAGAGACAUAAUAAAGAUUAUAUUAUGAUAAAAUUGACUUUCGCUAUCCAAUAUUGUAUCUAGAGUUAACCCUUACUUAGCAGGAUACUGAGUGCAGGAGUUGCUCAGUUUUGCAUUGCUUGCUCUUCUAGAAUUUCAGUUUGCCCUUAAUUUCAAAGAAAUAAACCUUGUUGGUUAGCAUUUGCCAUUGAAUUCCUCUGUAAGCAGAGAUGAAUGCUAAUAGCACUAUUGCCAAAUAGCUGCACUCUUAUGACUGCACGCCGUGGGGGUGGAUAUCAUUUGCAUGAACUGAGCGUGUACAAACCUGUUCCUGUGGAUAUGAUCUGGGUAUGGAAGCAGGUUCGGUUAAAGCUGCCUAUCCAGAUAAUCAAAGAUGCAGUGUGUUCCCUGCAUGAGACUCUCCAAAGCCUGCUUACUAGGACCUUUUAACUGGAAAAUACUGGGGACUGGACUUUUGGCUUUAUAUAUGCAAAACAUAGGGACGCAGGUGGCGCCGUGGGUUAAACCACAGAGCCUAGGACUUGCCGAUCAGAAGGUCGGCGGUUCGAAUCCCUGUGAAGGGGUGAGCUCCCGUUGUUUGGUCCCAGCUCCUGCCAACCUAGCAGUUCGAAAGCACGUCAAAGUGCAAGUAGAUAAAUAGGUACCACUCCGGCGGGAAGGUAAACGGCGUUUCCGUGUGCUGCUCUGGUUCGCCAGAAGUCGGCCAUGACUGGACCUAAUGGUCAGGGGUCCCUUUACCUUAUGCAAAACAUCAGCUCUACUGCUGAGCUGGUCUUGGCCUAUAUUGUUCUGGAAAUUAACAGGCUUGAAGUUUAGGGAAUAUAAAUCUGUGACCUCUCAGGAGGGAAGGACCCACAAAUGUUAAUUGCUUUUUCAUUGGGAAUCUAGCAAUGAAAGAAACUUUCCUAUGGGAGGAUGUUGUUUUAAUUAAUUAUUUGUACUUAGCUGUAGAAAGGACUGAAGAAAGAAAACUCGAAGAACUCCUCCUGGGAGCUGCACGAGAAGGAGAAACUGAAAAACUCACAGCACUGGUACAUACUGUGUUACCAUUCUCUUGAUAUUUUUAAGCCAUACUAUACAAGUAAUGCCUACAUACAGGGUUUUUAAAUCAAAAUAGAUAAUAGUCAUGGUGGAAAUAGAUCUCAGGCAGUGGAAUGGCCAGGAGCUCUGGUAGUGCUUUCUGUCUAUAAUUCUGCUCGGCUGUCUGUGGUGUGUUAGAAAACGUAACUGCAAAAAAUUAAAAGUAUGAUUAAAUAAUGUUUUUUUUUAAUAAUUGUCUCUAGUUAAACAGGUCAAAUUCUCCUGACAUCAACUGCACUGAUCAGGUGGGAAAUACACCAUUACAUUGCGCAGCAUACCGUGGCCAUAAGCACUGUGCUUUGAAGCUCCUAAAAUCUGGAGCAGACUCCAAAAUAAAGAACAAAAAUGGUAUGUAAAAGUUUCAUUUUAUUAGCUCCAGAUUUUCCCUUUCACACGAAAAGCAAAGUGAAUGGGUUAACUAAAAAUAAAACAUUAUUUUCAUCUAACUGGGUCUAGAGUAUUGUAUUUUAGCGCUGUCAAUUGGCUUUGUAUUAGAGAAUUUUAAUCCGGGUUUGUGUUGCCAGUAAAUAAGUGCCAGAUGCCGAUGAAAAUAAAUACCCAAUAAUCCUAUUUUAGCUCUUACAAAGCCCAUAUGCUUAACCAGUACCGUCUGAUGCAUUCUUGAAAGGACUUCUGUUGCUAACGUCAUUCUCACAUUAAAAAAAUUGAGCAUGGCUAUGUUUAGUAGAAUAAUUUUUGAAUCAAUCCUUUGUGAUACCUUGAGUAAAAUGCCUGUUGAACAAUACCUCAAACCAAGAGAGCAUCCUUUGCUUUUCCUCUCAGCUGUGAAACAUAAGGUAUAUUCUCAGAGUUGCCAACUGUAUUGAUUCUGAUCCAGCUACGAUGAAGUAAAUCCGUCUGCUCUUUUGAACAGGUCAGACACCCCUUGCUUUAGCCCAAGGUGCAGAAAUGAAACACAUACUUGGAGGGGGCAUUGGGAAGGUGGGUACAGCAGAUUGUGUGUUUAAUCUGUACCAUUAACGUGGGUCGACUUGUGUUUAAUUUCUCAAUUCUUUUGCAGGUGAGCAACAAACCUCCGAAACGAUAUGAAGGACUACUGUGGAAGGUGCCUAUCUUUUUUCCUUUUUUGCCUUCUCCUUAUGUUUUAAUUGGCCAGAGGUUUUUUUUUUUAUUUCAAGCCAUAGCAAUAACACAAACUGAUAGACGGUUCAUUCACUGUACUAACUCUCAAGACAGAAGCAGAAUUCAUACCAUAAAUGCCCUUAUCUUGAACUGCUUUGCUGAGGCAAUGGCUCUUGGGAGCGGGCCAGAGGCCAACGUGUCUCCUUUCUCCAGGGCUGGAUUUACGCUGACCUUUUUAGUGUUAUCAGAACAAUAUUAGCUAUAUUGUUCUAAAACAGGCACCCCCAACCUUCAGCCCUCCAGAUGUUUUGGACUACAAUUCCCACCAUCCCUGACCACUGGUCCUGUUAGCUAGGGAUCAUGGGAGUCGUAGGCCAAAACAUCUGGAGGGCCACAGGUUGGAGAUGCCUGUUCUAAAAUGUCACAGGGGAUACAGCUAAAUAAUGUUCAUUACCUUAACGUUGUUCAUCCCUAACAGCAGCUCCCUUUCCUACCUGGUUCCUGGUUGCUCUGCAGUGCCCUCUGGUGUCACAUUUUAAUAAAGCAUUAUUAACAUUCUUAGCAAAAUGUAAUGUGACCCUUACGUCUUCAAAAUCCUUCCUUGCCUCUUUCAUAAUAAUAAUAAUAAUAAUAAUAAUAAUAAUAAUAAUAAUACAGUGGUACCUCGGGUUACAUACGCUUCAGGUUACAUACGCUUCAGGUUACAGACUCCGCUAACCCAGAAAUACUUUCUCAGGUUAAGAACUUUGCUUCAGGAUGAGAACAGAAAUUGUGCAGCAGCAGAAGGUCCCAUUAGCUAAAGUGGUGCUUCAGGUUAAGAACAGUUUCAGGUUAAGAACGGACCUCCGGAACGAAUUAAGUACUUAACUCGAGGUACCACUGUACCUUUAUUGUCAUUGUACAACCUUAACAUUAUAAACCAUGAGAGUAGAUCCGCCCCAGGUUAUAUCUUCCAUUUGAGCUCUUCCAUUUCUAAUAUGACCCAUCUGUUCUGUAUUGUUGCUGUUGUCUUAAAGGCUAGUGGGUGACAAAAUGUCUUAACUUCCCUGACAUGUAUGAAAUAUAGGCUGCUUGAAUCUUUUCUUCAUAUCUGGUCAAUAUUACUUCAAGAAUUGAACCAAUUACAGUUUAUUGCAUUAUAAUGAGCUGUGCAGCUAGAUGCUUGACUCAGAAGUCACAGGCUUUGGGGAUAUACUUGAAAAGAAGGCUAUUGUCCCAUCCUCACUUUAACUAAAUGUCCACGGGGUAGGCUAGUAGUAACUGUACUUGCAGCCUUUUAUACCUCUCAGGUGAAAAUGGUCAUCCUUCCCAGGCUCUAGCUGAAGUUUUCAAGCAAGCAUUACUUCUGUUUACUAUCAGUCAAGUAUCACAGAACAAAUAGCAGAGUAGUCAUCUUCAAAACUUCUGGCCUCCUGAGAUAAUUAAAACCAUUAAGGAUGUAUUGUUCAGCAUUAAAGCUGCUUAGUAAUGCUUAUUAUUGUUUGUCAUGCAGCAACACAUGGCAAAUUCAGCUAUUGCUGAGGUGAUAGACUCCAUUUUUGUUUUGUUUUUAAGAGUUCAAGAUUUUUUGGGUGGAAGCCAUAUUGGGUAGUACUGGAACAUGGAGUCCUCUCCUGGUACCAAAAACAGUAAGUGUGAAAUUGAGCAUCUCUCUAAAGCCUUUUGAAUGUAUAAUAUUGAUACCAUCUGCUUUUGAAACAUGAUUUUGAAAUUGUUGAAAAGUUGAACUUUCUUUACCUAUACAUAAGUUGAAAUUUAUUUCUUAAGAUUAUAAUUUUAUCAUUCCAUGUAUUUGAAGAAUGUGGUUUUUAUUUAUAUUAUGAUGGAUUGACUUGUAUUACAAGGAAGACUACCUUUGCAUUUGUUUUCAGCUCUCUGAACACUCUUCAUGUGUAAAUAUAAUGGGCAGUAUUUUAUUAUUGGUCUUAAGUCCACUGAGUUCAGUGGGUUUAUUCCAGGUGCGACUCAGUCAAAUACCACCCAAUCACAUUCUACUAUAAAGAAAUUCUGCAUCACUCCAAAAGCCUUUUGGUGGCUGUAAUACUGAUGAUGAUAAUGAUUAAUUAUUUGUUCUGCCUUCUUUUGAAGGACUGAUAUUGGGAACAGUAAUCGCCGCCAAGGAUGCAAGCACUUAACACAAGCCAUUUGCACAGUAAGCAAACUGGGGAACUCAGAAAUAUCUGUUAUGAUUGUGGACAGAAUGGGCUAGUGUGUUAGGCUUAGGUAUGGAAUAUCUAGGUUCAAAUACCCAAGCAACAGAGCAAGCAUUUUUAGCCAAGGUUGUUCUGUUUUUAUUUUUGGUGUUAUGGUAUUGUUGUUGUUGUUUAGUCGUUUAGUCGUGUCCGACUCCUCACGACCCCAUGGACCAGAGCACGCCAGGCACUUCUGUCUUCCACUGUCUCCCGCAGUUUGGUCAAACUCAUGCUGGUAGCUUCGAGAACACUAUCCAACCAUCUCGUCCUCUGUCGUCCCCUUCUCCUUGUGCCCUCCAUCUUUCCCAACAUCAGGGUCUUUUCCAGGGAGUAGUCUCUUCUCAUGAGGUGGCCAAAGUAUUGGAGCCUCAGCUUCACGAUCUGUCCUUUCAGUGAGCACUCAGGGCUGAUUUCCUUAAGAAUGGAUAGGUUUGAUCUUCUUGCAGUCCAUGGGACUCUCAAGAGUCUCCUCCAGCACCAUAAUUCAAAAGCAUAAAUUCUUCGGCGAGCAGCCUUCUUUAUGGUCCAGCUUUCACUUCCAUACAUCACUACUGGGAAAACCAUAGCUUUUACUAUACGGACCUUUAUUGGCAAGGUGAUGUCUCUACUUUUUAAGAUGCUGCCUAGGUUUGUCAUUGCUUUUCUCCCAAGAAGCAGGCGUCUUUUUUGUGGCUGCUGUCACCAUCUGCAGUGAUCAUGGAGCCGUUAUGGUAUUAUCUGGUUCUUAUUUGUGAGCCACUUUAUAAGGAGUGUUGAGGCAUAGAUAUUUUAAACAGCUGAGGAGAAUUACGUAUCCUCUACUUAUGGCACAUAUUUCCUCCCAUUCCUUAGAAAAAUCUACUAGAAUUCUACAUGUUCGGGCUUUGUGUUCCAGGGCAUUCCUUUUUUUAGGGUAUCAUUUUUAAAAUCAACCUAGCUUCUAAAAAGGCUAACAGUCAGGUAACAAGCAGUACAACUUAUAGUUUUGCAACAUGCCCUAUCCACAGUAAUAAACUUAUAAAAAUAAAUUACUGCGUAAAAUGCACACAUCAGCUUAAACUUAUUGUGAGUAGGGGUAAAGAACGAUGACCUCCAAGUGGGACUCACAAUUCAUAGCCAAAUAUAUUUCUGAAUACAGUCACACAAUGCCAAGGCUGUGAUUAAAAAGCAGAAUUACAACAAAGGGGUUGCAAACGCUGCAGGAAAAUGAGGACUCUGCUCUGUGAUUUGUACAGUAUGCAAAACUAAGCAAGUUGGCAUAUAUGCUGUUUUGCAUUCUUCUUUUGUUAGUUACAGGGCGGGGGAAAGAACAACAGAGAACAUAGAAUGCUCUGCCCUUUGGUUACUGGAAGUACUGCUGGACCUCACCUUGACUCCACAAACCCUGACAUUUGCCCAUAACAUGUUCAAACCUAUCCUUAACAGUCAUGAUUAAUAAAAACUUUCAACGGGGUUUUCAACAGGGAACUGACUGCUUUUAAUGAAAGGGCUGACACUGUGCUGUUUUCAUUGUAAUCAUCUAUAUGUUUUUAAUGUAUCUUCUAUUGAUGUUUAACUGUUUCCUUAAUGAUUGGGGGUUGUUGUUUUUUUAUUUCUCUGUUUUUAGCUGUUCUUGUUUAUUUGUAAGCCACCUUGAGUCCCUGUCAGGGAAAAAUGCGGGUUAGAAUUAAAGACAUAAUAAUAGUAAUCUGAUUUUUAUUUUAAAAUGAGAUUCUCAGAAUGCUGAUUUUUUUUUUUUUUUGCACCAAUUUUUUUCUGAAAGAAUGAAGUGGGCAUGGAUUUAACGAGGUACAAAUGCACCAACUGAAUUAUCUCUGACAAAACUCAUUUUGCUUGAUAGUUCGCUAUUCAUUCCCCCCCCCCCCCCGUUACUUUAAGUGAACAAGAUCCAGACAAACUAGGGAUGUUGGAUUUGACCUGUAAAAUUUUCAAUAACUUAGUCACUUUUGCAGAUGGAACUUGUAUAGGAAGCACUGUGCAGUUGCUGACCUUCUGUUUCUGACCUGCUGUCUCUGCUUCCAAUUGAAGGUAAAAAGUACAGACAGCAACCUCUUCUCAAUCAAAUGCUUUGAUAAUACGGUUCACAGUUUUAAAGUUCCCAAGACCAAUCAACAGUCAAGAGAGGUAAGUAUUUCUUUAACCAAUACUUGGUAACUUGCGGAUUCUAGCCAAGAACAAAACCACUGCUUGCCUAAAAUGUAGUUGGAUAGGAAUCUUUUCGGGCUGAAUUUAUUGAGUUCUUGUAAUGCCACACUAAAUUAUCUUAUUGCCAUGAUGAAUGGUGCUGUGUAGUUGUAGCUUUGUCUACUUCUUGUGCUUCACAGGGAAAGCAAGGCAAUAACUAAACUGCAUUCUUCGCUACCUGAAAAUUUCCCUUCCUUCGCUGCAGCUUCCUUAGCUAAUCAGACUAUGGAAGGCUGACAUUAAAGGCACCCCAUGUCCACAGUGCUCCAUGCAGGGUCAAACCCAACUUUUCAUGAAAUGCCUAUGAGAAAUGACAGGGACAAAUAAUCUUUAUGAUCUUAUAUAUAUUAAUUCAUAUACUAUUUGUGCCCCGUAAGCUUAAAUUAAGAAAUACCUUAUGAGAUGCUUGCCUGUUGGUCUUUAAAAAAGAUUCCCCCCCUCAAGAUCAGUCCUUUAAAAAAAAAGUCUUAUCAUACCAUUUCCUUCCUUCAUUGCUAUCUAACUUUUGCCACUCCAUCUUUGUCACCUCUGUUGGUACACUCUCAAGAUAAGAGCUGUGGCGAUUUGUGUGGACUAUACCCUAUUAAAAGUUAAAAAGUAGCAAAUACUGCUUUCUGCUCACGCCCCCCCCCUUUUGUCCCCUUUCCUUUUUUCUCUCAGAACUGGGUACAGGCAAUAGAAGACCAUUCAGCAUACAGCACACACUAUUGUACUCAGGAACAACUGAGCGACGAAGAAGAGGAGGAUGACACAAUAUCAGUUGCUGAGUUACAAGCUUCCCUCAAAGUAAGAAAAAGCUUCUGUAUCUCAUGCUACGUAGAGGUCUUCUUGACUCUCUGAAUUUCUGGAUAACUUUUGCCCUAGGGCCUUUCCUCUGGAAUAUACCAACACGAGGUGCCCUGGUCUGUGCAACUAAGGUUUAAAGGUGUACAUAAUAGAACUUAAAAGGUCUGUAAGGGAAGCUCUCUCCUUUUGCUUUCUCCCUCCCUCACACACACUAGGCUUUAUCUUUAAGCCACUCUCUUGCAUUUUGAGCUGCCAUUUUCCUUUGUUCUGUAUGAGAACAACAACGGGUUGAAUUCCCUUGCUUUUGCAGCCAGAUUUGGGGAUGAGGCCCAGAUCUGGGGAUUCCAGCGUAUGCACUUCCAGUGUUUUGAAUUCCUGGAACAAGUUCUUCAGCUUCCCACUCCCGUCACUGCUAUCAAGCUCAGAGAGAUGCAGACCUUGUUGAUAUAGGGCUUCUUUUGAUUUCUGCUACAAGUGCUGCUACUAUUUCCUCAUUCUUCAUUUAUUAACAUUAUUCCUAUUGUAGCCCAGCAUUCAGCUAAAUAGUCUUGGCAUGAGUUGUACAAAAGAGCAUGCAGUUCAUGAUAACCGUUAAGUUAAAAACCACCUCCUGAAGAAGUGAGACGUUUACAGAUAAUGCCACACAUUUUAAUUUCCUUUGGAUUUGGGGGGGCGGGCACCAGAGACUUGUGGUAUAUCGGUAAUACUUUAAGUUAGAAAUAUACAAACAGACACUACAUGACAAACAAAUACUCCUAAAACAGCAGUAAAACAGCUCAUCUUGCAUCCGACUCCUAAGGUGCUUCACUUUACAAUUCACAUCUGUUAGUACUGUAUAUCCAACAAAGUAGUUUUGUUAGUUCAAGGAUUUCUGGCUGCAUAUUGGAACUUCUCCUCCCUCUUCUUUAAAACUGUUUCACAUAUACAUGUAUGUCCCAGGUCUGAAGGUCUUCAUGGCACUACUUAAAAUAGUGUGUAGAAUAUAUCAGCUUCUUCUACUGUGGUUUUUUAAGAACUAGCUAUUGGGCAGAUAUAGUUCUUCUGAACAAUUUCCUGUCUGCCUUUGAGUUGUCUAAUAAGAAAGUAAUUAACUUUUCCUUGGAUACCCAACAAGAAAAAAGUCACUUUAAGUUACAUUCAUUUAAGUCAUUAACUGGAUGUAAUUCACUUCUAAAGCAACUUUAAUUCAGUCUGUGUAGCCAUGUGACACUCGAAACAGGAUGCUGUCCAGAGUAGCACCUUCUCAUUUACUGGAGGGGGGGGAGGGGGGGAGAGGCUUUUACUACUUCAAGCCAGAAGAGGGAGCUCAUCUGUUUUGUUUAAAUAUUUCUGAAGACCUGUGUAGGUAUUUUUUAAAAACAACAACAACAGUAUUUAAAGAUUAUUUGAAAACCUCUGAUUAUAGGAAACAGUUCUAGCAUAAGAAAAAAAGUUCAGUAAUUGAUUUUCAUUAUAGUAAUAAGGUAAAUAAGUAAGUCUAACCAAAUGCACAGUUGCAGUGCUAGUAAUUUUUUUAUCCUAAGAAUAAUUUAAUUUGAUUAUGCAUAUCUCAACUCUUAUCUUGCAUAAAAAUAUACACUUCCUGUGGGAAGGGGGAUUAUUGGUUUGUUGUUGUUGUUGUUGUUGUUGUUGUUGUUAUUUUUACUAUGCAUUUUGUGGUUUAUAUAUUGUAAUUUUAUGUUGUGAACCGUCCUGAGAUCUACAGAUGAAAGGUGGUAUACUAAUAGUAAAGGUAAAGGUAAAGGGACCCCUGACCAUUAGGUCCAGUCAUGGACGACUCUGGGGUUGCGGCGCUCAUCUUGCUUUACUGGCCGAGGGAGCCGGCAUACAGCUUCCGGGUCAUGUGGCCAGCAUGACUAAGCCGCUUCUGGCGAACCAGAGCAGCACACGGAAACGCUGUUUACCUUCCCGCCGGAGCGGUACCCAUUUACCAUAUCUACUUGCAUAUUGGUGUGCUUUCGAACUGCUAGGUUGGCAGGAGCUGGGACAGAGCAACGGGAGCUCACCCCAUUGCGGGGAUUCCAACCGCCGAACUUCUGAUCGGCAAGCCCUAGGCUCUGUGGUUUAGACCACAGUGCCACCCGUGUCCCAUAUACUAACAGUACUAAUUUGGAAAAGCAAUUGACGAUUUUUGAAAACUGGAUGGCCAAUUAGGGUUGUAAUUACCGUAUUUUUCGCCCUAUAGGACGCACUUUUUCCCCUCCAAAAAUGAAGGGGAAAUGUGUGUGCAUCCUAUGAGGCGAAUGCAGGCUUUCGCUGAAGCCUGGAGAGCGAGAGGGGUCGGUGCGCACCGACCCCGCUCGCUCUCCAGGCUUCAGGAGAGCCGCAGCGCCAGCCCCACAAGGUCGGGGGACAGCGGGGAGGCGGAGCGCCGCCAUCCCGCUGUCUCCCGAUGUGGUUUGGAGGCUGACGGCGUGCUUCUCCCCGCCGCCAGCCCCGCAAGCUCCGGGGACAGCUGGGAGGCGCAGCGUGUCUUCCCGCUGUCCCUGGACCUGGUCUGCAGGCGGCCGGCCGGGAGAAGAGCGCUUCUCCCCGCUGCCAGCCCCGCAUGCUGCGGGGACAGCUGGGAGGCGCAGCGCGUCUUCCCGCUGUCCCCGGACCUGGUCUGCAGGCGGGCGGCGGGGAGAAGAGCGCUUCUCCCCGCUGCCUGCCCCGCAAGCGCCUGGGGGGGAAAUAAAAAAAAUUUUCUUUAUUUCCCCCCAAAAAAACUUGGUGCGUCCUAUGGGCCGGUGCGUCCUAUGGGGCGAAAAAUAUGGUAGAUUAAAUUUCUCCAGUAUUUUAAAACUUCUUAAUGAACUUCAUGAGUUUGGUCAUCCCUAAAUACUGACAAAACUUUGCUUGAAACUGGAUGGAAGGUCUUGGUUUAGUAGCACCAACAAAAACACUCGAGGAAAGAAAUGAAUGAUAUGAGUCCCCAGUGGUGCAAUGAUUCAAUGUUUCUGGCUGUUAACCACUACACAUGCCAAACUAAUACCUCUUUGGCUUCUUACAGCUUUUGCCUCUCUUUAUGCAAAACAUGUUCAUGUCUUUGCUUGUUUUACUACAUUCUCCUGUUCUAGUAUCUUACAUUAAUUUUAUGCUACUUUAUUUCCUGUAAUCAUCCUCUACUAUCCAUACUUCAUCCCAAUUUCCUUUCUUUAUACUGUACAGAUCUUCCAAGGGGCAUACCUGGGAACAUAACUACAGCAUGUGCAGAACUCUAAAUAGGGCCAGUACAUGUUGUACUGUUGCAGAUAGUUUCUGGAGAAACCUUACAGGGCAUUGCUCAUUUCAGGGCAACUAGUGAAUAAUUCUGCUUAGUCUAACUUGCUUUAUCAGUGCCUUAAAAAUUUAUGCUGUGAAAUUUGAGCAUCAGCUGUGUCACCUUGAAAACAAUUGUACUUCUGGAAGCUAGAGGACGUACCUUCAGCCAUAGAGGGCUUUAGUUCGGAAAUUGAUGUCGUGUUUGUUCUUUUUCUGUCCCAGUAUGAUGGUGCUUCCAAUGGAAUAAACUAUAGCUCAGAAUCAGCAAUAGCCAUUAUUAAACACUGAGUGUGGGUGAGCAAUGUGGCAAACACAGGAUUCAUUUAUUGGCUUAUUAACAGGGUGAUCCUAUGUAUGUCUACUUAAAAUUAGGUCUGAGAUUAAUGGGACAUAUAUCUGGAUUGCAGCCUAACUGAAGCUAACCGUGCAAAGGACAGUAUACAUACUGGUGGGAAACCUGUACUUUUCAGUAUGUUGUUUCCAUACUCCCACCAGCUCCCACCAGACUCAGGCAGCAUGGCAAAUGGUCAAAGAUGGUGAGAAUUGUAGUCCAGCCACACUUGGUUCCUUCCCCCUAACUUGAGAUAGACAAAUAGGUAUAAUACUUACUUUGAUCAUCCUAUAAUAAUGUUAUGUGGGUGCCUUGAUUCCCCUGAAUUCCUCAGUGCCAGAUUCCCCUAAAUAUCUGAUAGGUGUUAGAAUUUCAUCAAGCCUCCUGAAUCCCUGGAUCCAGCAGGGAUUCAGUUGCCAGAAUUGCCAGGCCAGCCUGAUAAUGGCUGCUAAGUGUCACCGAUGGAAGCAAAAGCCCUGAAAAAGCUCAAUAUGGAGGUCAAAUGGCCGAAAUAUUGGGAAAUUUUAGAACAAGAUGGUGAUAGAUUGAAACUGCAGAGUUUUGAAAAACUAAAAAAUAAAGUGCGAGACUGGCUUCAUUAUUAUCAGAUAAUGGAGGCAUACAAUUUGGACAAGAAAAUCGGCUUCCAGGUGGAAAAAUCAAAAUUAGAAACAGAAUUGUUAGAACCCAAAACUAAGAUUUUGUCAAAGAUGUAUAACUUGCUGUUGAAAUGGAAUACUCAGGAUGAAAUGGUGAAAUCUGCUAUGAUUAAAUGGGCACAAGACGUUGGACAUAAUAUUAUGUUUGCUGACUGGGAACAGUUGUGGACCACAGGUAUGAAAUUUACGGCAUGUAAUGCCUUAAGAGAAAAUAUUAUGAAAAUGAUAUACAGGUGGUACAUAACCCCAGUCAAGCUUGCAAAAAUCUAUCAUGUGCCUGAUAAUAAAUGUUGGAAAUGUAAAGAAACUGAAGGUACAUUUUUUCACCUUUGGUGGACGUGCCCAAAGAUUAAGGCUUUCUGGGAGAUGAUAUAUAAUGAAUUAAAAAAGGUAUUUAAAUAUACCUUCUUGAAGAAACCAGAGGCCUUUCUCCUGGGCAUAGUCGGCCAAUCGGUGUUAAAAAGGGACAGAACUUUCUUUAUGUAUGCUACAACAGCAGCAAGAAUACUCAUCGCAAAGUAUUGGAAGACACAAGAGCUACCCACACUGGAGGAAUGGCAGAUGAAAAUGAUGGACUGCAUGGAAUUGGCGGAAAUGACUGGCAGAAUCUGUGACCAGGGAGAAGAGUUGGUGGAAGAAGAUUGGAAGAAAUUUAAAGAUUAUUUACAGAAACAUUGCAAAAUUAAUGAAUGUUAGAGUGAUGUUGGAUUGAAGUUAAGUGGCUUCUAGCUGUACAGGUUUUAAAGCUAUAAAUAUAUCAAGAUUAAGGAUUAGGAUCAAAAAGGUUAAGAGAAAUGGAAAAAUUGGUUCUAAAUAGGUAAAAAUCUAAUGUCAUAAUAUAUUAAGAUUUAGGAUUGGAAUUAAAAAGGAGGGAAAGAAAUUGCUGGGCUUACAAACUGAAUUGGAAUACAAAAGAGGGAGGUAUGAGGAAGUCCGGGAAACAAGUAAAUGUAAAAGAAGUUAUGAAAAGACGGAACUAUUUUUAACUGUUUUUUUCUUUUUUCUCUUUUUUCUUUUGUUACUUUUUUCUAUUUUGUAUUUUGUAUGGUGUAUUUUUCUCUGUUUUUGUUAAAAAAUUUCUUGUUUAUUAAUGUGAUUUUAUUAUUUCUGAAACUUUAAUAAAUAUUAAUUAAAAAAAAAAAAAGAUAAUGGCCGCUAAGUAUGAGUUGUUAACUUAACCAAGAUGGUAAAUAAACCAUAUAUUAUAAAGACACCACAAUCUCUGCUGUGCCUGGACCCAUGGAAUCUACUCUGCUGCAGAGAUUGAGGUGGCAUGUAACAAUAUAUCCAGAAGGGUGUGCAAGCCUCUGAAUUAUAGUAAACUGCAUAUGCUAUUACAUUUGGGUAAAUUGCUUAUGCCACUGUGUUUGCCCAUUAAGAAGUCCUUUCACCUAUUUUAUCUCUUUAUGGCCAAGGUAAAACUCGUAAAUAGCAAAGAAAGUUAGGAGAGUUGCUUCUGAAAUUCAUGGGUAGCCAUUUUGUUCAUAUAUUUUUUUAAUGAGCUGCUAUGGCUCUUGGAUGUCCUUUAUAUUGUGACACUUUAGAAAUAAAACCAUACAUUAAAAAAAUGCUGGAUUAACACUUGUAGAUAACCUUUUUUGUAAAAAUUCACAUGUAAAUAAUAUGAGCAGCUGCUCUCUUUUUGAAAUAGAGGGCCGAAGUAGAUGAGAAUUGGAAAUCUAUAAUCAGAUCUUCGUCCCUUUGUUUUUGAAACUAGCAACUGCAAUGAAGGUACACCUGAAUUAGGACUGUGGAAUGGUGAGGGGACACUUGACAUUUCCCCAGUGUAAAUCCCCGCCAAAGCUGAUAUUUGUCUCCUUAGGGAAAAGUCAUGGUUCCUCCAUGGCUGCUUUCUUUUCUGCUUCUCUUUCUCCUUUUCUUUGCUUAAAAAGGUACCUUUAGAUUAGAGAUCUGUGGUGGCAUCUCUCAUAUGUCACCUAGUUUGGCACAAAGUUUUAUAAUGAUGUAGGUCAUGUUUAACCGGAAAGAAACUCUUUAAGAUUCGUUAUUCUGAAAGUGUGCAGUUUUUCGUAGCAUACCAAAUAUCUGUUUCCUCUCCACAGGUUGCACAGUCAUGGCAACAAAGACUCGAUAAAGAGAUUUCUGGAUUCCUCACCGUAAUUCGGUCAUGUGACACUUCUCAAGGUGACUUGUUUUCGUUCAUAAUAAGGAACGCUCUUGUUGCUUUGAAACACUUUCCAAGCUGAUCCGCAAGAACAGCCUUAACUAGUUUCUCAGUAAAUAUGGGACCACCCCUGUUCUGUCUGACCAGAUGUCUCAAUCAGGCCUUAGUAAUGGGUGCAAAGUUAGCUGAUCUCAUACUCAGCAUAAUUUUUGCUCUUUUGUGUCCUGAUGUUUGCAAGUAAUUUAACUCACACAUUUUGAUACGGUUUAAUAUCUAUUUUUCAAAAGGUUAACUUCCACUUUCUGUGUGUCCCUCAAUAUGCACAGAGAUGGGGCAGUUUGGUUUAGAUACAAGCAGCGACCAUUUUGCAUGCGUUUGAUUGGUGUGUGACCACCAGUGUGCAAGCCGUUUUUGGCCCCGAAAGUGAGCCGGGCAGAAGGGAGCAGGCAGACUUGCACUUUGCCAAUGAGCACAAUGAGUUGGAAUGCAACCCCCUCGCAAAUGGGGAGUUGCCUGUACUAUGUGAGAUUAGAGCAUUUGUUUUAAGAAAGUAAACCUGACAAGUAUUGUAGUACUCAUGUUUCAUAAAAUUGUGCGCAUUUAAGCUGCAAAACCUUCCGCAUCAAGGCAGUAUCUAAUGCAUUUUUAGAAAUGAAGAAUACACUGGGGACAGCAGCCUUCUCAACCUUAUCAUUCUGGAGUCCUCUUGCCAAAACACCUGAACUUUCUGCAAUGCUGUUAGAAUAGCACUUCCUCUUACAAAAUUCUUAUACAGGCCUCUAGUGUUCAGAUGUUUCUAACUUCUGUUGCUCUCAGAGUGUCAACAUUUUGUGCAAUAUUUGUAAAUGAAGAACAGGUUAUAACCAUUAAGGGAGGAUACAAGAUUUUAGAAGUUGUGGUAGCUGACUCAGAAACACAAAUUUGGGGUUAUGUAGUAAUGUACCAUCCAAUUGCUAUGAAGGAAAGGUUACUGUUCAGAUAUUCCCACGGGCUUGUCCAAUAGCAGUCGUACUGUGGCCUCUCAAAAGCACUGUCUUGGUUUGUCCUCCUGUCUUGUGAUCAUAAAUUUCACAGUAAAUUGUACUUCCUCCUAGCUAAGACCUAUGGGUUUUAUUACAGCAGAAAGUAAUUAAAUGUUCUUUAAUUAGACAUUCCUUUUUCUCAAGUCAAAAAUAUCAAGUGUAUCCUAUGUAAGAAUGGCUGAUGGAUGAAGGUUCUGGGUCAUGCUUCUGUGAGACUGUUUUAAUAAUAAACUUUGUAGGUUACACAAGCUAAAACAGCAACAAAAGGUGGGGUGGAAUAAAACAGUAACACAUACAUUACCUGCCCUUCUUCUAAAGGAAUGCCUACUUCAUUUCUCAAGAAAGCUGAAGGGGUUUCUGAAACAUCAAGAGAAACUUGUGAAGCGCUGAGCAAUUGUCUCAAACUCUUCACUAAACAAGAAGGGGUAAGUAUUUCUAUGUGGCAUACUCUCUGUGAAUCAAAACAAUGACAAGUAUCUAUAGAAGAACAACAUAAGAACAUCAUUUGGAUGGGAUCUUUUCUGUCCUUUGCAGCCUUGAGUUCUGAUUGCUGAGCAAUAUUCCCUCUGGUUUGGACACUUAAGAACUUCAAAUAUUUAAUGCAAUGUCACAUAAGUUCAUAGCCUGAGAAAACAUCUGAAGUGUUCUCACAAAUAACAAAUGCAGUUUUAGCAGAGAGACAUUGAUAACAGAACUCUAGAACACUGGUCAAGUUGAUAAAAAGAAAGAAAGAUUAGAAGUGGAAGAAAUAUUGGGUGGAAUGUGCAGUCUGCUUCCAGGAAGAAGCAAAAACAAAAUAUUGUGGCUCCUUAAGGUUAUAGUGUAAGCUUUCAUAGAUGAGUCAUCUUCCUCAAAUGCAUGAAGGUUGGCAGGUAUAUGUAUAUGUGGGGGAGGGGAGGUGGUAGAAUUGUAAGCACUGGGGUCAAAAGCCAAUGAAAUGCCAAAAAAAAACCUCAAAAGACAACUGAAGUAAAGCUUAAAUGUAUGCAAGAUCAGCACAGUCACUAUUCACAAUGGCAGAACUGUAGGCCCACAACUUAUGCACAUUUAACUUGUGCACAUUUAACUUGGCAAUUUAUUUAUUUGCUUGAAAUAAAAAGGGGUGGGAAGGGGGCAGGUUCUGGGAAUACCGACUUUGGCAAUCCCAUCCACCAUUGAACCCAAUGGGUUCAUGCCAGAAUGUAAUCCCCACAUUGUGUACUUUGUAAUUGGAGAUCACAAUCAACCUACAUUAGCUCUGUUAACAUGUUGGGGAAUAGGAAACCCUUGACUGUAUUUAAGCCCAGAUAGAAUAUAUUGAAGAUUGAUUCAGAAGUUUCAUGAUGGAAUUUUCUAUUUAAUGUUGCUUUGUUCAGGUGGGCGGGGGGGGGGGACUAACUUUCAGAUCAGCAGUAGAGUACUCUGGGAGACUGAAGUGUUCUCUCACUGAUUUUUUUUUUUAAAUGUCAUUAUUUCUGUUAGAUCUGUAUUCAUAUAGACCUGCUUGUCUUGUGUAGAAUGCAGAAGGCAUUGCUGGCAAGUAGGUGGCAACAUAUACUAAAUUGGAAGAUGAACAGGUGACUGGAUCCUUGAUGUGGCUAAUGUUAGGUCCUGUAGUGGUAUUACCAGAGGAAAUGGGGACAGAAUUGACAUUGGUUUAGACUGUGUUUAUAAUCUGCAGGAUAGCUUUGUUCUCACUUCAGCUAGAAUUCAGUUGUCAAAAAUCCUGUCUGUUUUAGACCAGAAUUAAGGUUCUUCCUAAGAUGGUUCAAGUUCCACGAAGCCAGCAGUUUAAAAACUAAUGCAGACAUGACUCAUUAUUGGUAAAGAUGCUGUGCAAUGUCACAAAUUGUGCAUACUUUCAACUUAGCUCCACGUACCCCCACUUUUCCUUAAGUCUUUCCAGCCCAAAUACAGAUGAGGAUGAAGUACCUGGGACCAGCAAAUAUGUUCCAUGUUGUGCUGGUCCUUAAUGUGUUGCUAGAGGAAUCCUCCUUUGACUUUCCAUGUGCCUGUUGUUGCUUAUGUCCGAAACCAGCAGGAUGGGUUCUUUUAGUACAGUACUCUUUACCAUCCUUAUGCUGGCUUGUCACUGAGUUUUUUGUGAUGCACCUACAGAAGGGGCCAGCAAGGUUUACUGGCUAUGGGCUGGAUCACUCCCACAGAGAUUGUCUGUGGGCUGGACUGGCGCAGUGCAACGCCGGAAAUCGCGUCUGCGCAUGUCCGCAGUGCUUGAAAUUGCUUCUGCGCGUGCCCAGACACCGAAAACUGUGCCUGCGCAGAAGCAAUUUCUGGUAUCUGCGCAGACGCAAUUUCUGGCGCCGCUCAGCGAGUUCCCACACCGUGCUGUGCCGGUUUAGCCCAGUGCGCGGGGGACUCACCGAGCGGGUAGCUCGGUUCAAGGGUGGCUUGUGGGUCAGUAAAAUGGUCUUUGUGGGCCGCAUCCGGUCCAUGGGCCACAUGUUGCCGACCCCUGCACUACAGUAAGACUGAAUAACAUGAGAGGUCCGAGUUUCUUAUUCUGGAUUUGAAACUCCAGCAUGAAUGAAAGAAAAAUAUUCACUAUCCUAUGACUUUAACAGUGGAUACGUUGCAAAAUGUUUGAGGAUAUUUCGGAACCUGAAAUGCUUGUUGGGGAUAAAACAGGUUGAGUGGUGGUGUGCUGCAACAGAACAGAAGUGAGAUUUAACCCCUUAGGUUGAAUCACAUGACAAGGACUUAAAUUACUAAUGUGCUUACAUAAAUCCACUGCUUAUUAUAAAUUAAUUAAGCUCAUGGGAGGACAAAUAAAGCUACAGUGUAGCCAUUUGUUUUCAAGGUAAAUUGUUUUCAAGGAUAAUUGGGUGCAUUAUAGAAUGUUGAGCUGUAUUAUAUACGGUAUUGUAAACUUGCAAAAGCUCACCGUUAAUCUGUAUAAAGUUAUGGCUGAAUUUGAAAAGUUUUUAUGGUGGUAGAUGUGAGUUCAGCUUUGUUUUUCCUUUAGCAAGUUGUAUUGCAAAUGAGGAAGCUUGAGCUGACCGUGACUCGCAGCACCAGUUACAUGACAAUGCAGCCCAUACAGUGAAGCCAUUGUAGGCUCUGCAAAAAUAGUCUUGAAUAGUGAAAAUCUGAGCAUAUGUCUUCUCCUGUUACACUUGAGAUAGGAAAAAGUGUUGGAAGAGGGAAGGAUUUGGCAAGUUGAAACUUCACAAAUAAUGGCUAAAAAUGCACCUGUGAUUACUUAAUGCAUCUAAGUAAUUAUUCAUUUGGACUGUGUUCUUAUGUAAUGUGUAUUACUUAAAGUGAACAUUUAGAUAGCGGUGUAUGGGAUUUUUGCCAGGAAGGUGAGGGAUAAAACUGAAAUGCAAUGAAGUACUGGUUUAGAAACAGACUUAAGCAGCACUCCAAAGCUAGGCAUCCCUCAACGAGACUGAUAUUCAGAGGUUCCCACUGAAUAGUCACAGCAUAUAUUAAAUUAAUACUGAGCCGUAUAAAAAAAAAUUAAGGAGAAGGGCCAUAGCUUAGUGGAAGAGCAUCUGCUUUGUAUGCAAAAGGUGCCAGGUUCAAAUUCCAGUCUCUCCAGAUAGGGCUGGGAGUUUUCCCCGUUUGAAACCUGCGAGAGCUGCUACCUUCUCAGUGCUGAGUGCUGAGCUAGGCUGACCAAUGGUCUGAUUUGGUAUAAUGCAGCUUCCUGUUACUAACCACUGUUUAACUUUUGCUGCAAGUUGCAAGAUGAUUUUACCCAUACUAAAUAUAUACAUGUUUGUGUGCCUCUUUUCCCUAUUGACUGGGGCAUGGGAGGAAAGUUUCUUAUUCUGGAUUUGGAACUCCAAAGUUCUGAAAUGCCCCCCAGGAAAAGAAUGUGUAACAAAAACUUCCCUUUCUCUAGAAAUUAAGGUGGAGUCAAUUUUUGAAGAAUGGGGGAAUGCAGGGUGGUGGUGGGGGUGGUGGUUGUUGAAAACGGAGUAUUAUUCUGUGUGGGAUAUGAGCAGUAAGCCUUGCAGAAUGAUGGCAUAAGUCUGUAGUGAGGGUGGAGGCUUCAUUUGCUGUUUGUUAAGCUGAAAUGAAUUUUUUUCCUGCUUGAAAAUAUUUACAGUGUUCCCUCGGGUUACAUACACUUCAGGUUACAGACUCCACUAACCCAGAAAUAGUACCUCGGGUUAAGAACUUUGCUUCAGGAUGAGAACAGAAAUCGUGCAGCGGCGGCGUGGCGGCGGCAGGAGGCCCCAUUAGCUAAAGUGGUGCUUCAGGUUAAGAACAGUUUCAGGUUAAGAACGAACCUCUGGAAUGAAUUAAGUUCUUAACCUGAGGUACCACUGUAUUGUAGAUCCCCAGAGUGAUCUUGGGAUAGUUAUCUGAAUCAGGCCUGCAGCAUGGGGAGAGGCAAUCUUGCUCCAAUGGAAACUUCUCCCUACCACUGCUAUGCAAAACUGCAAGACCACAAUAGGGGGCCAAAGGGAUAAGCCCAUUGACCCCACUCCAGAGAAAGCCCCCUCAUGUUGGCAUAUGUGCAGUAAAAAUCACACUCAAAAGCAAACAACCUGAUUAAUGCCAUAGUUCAGACCUUAUAGCAUUGCAUAUAUUAAAGUGCAACACUAAAUAUAGCUGUUGUGGUCAGGGUCAGAAUAAAAACUGUAUGGUGCUGGGUUAUAAAAUGUGUAGGGUCCCUUUGUACCUAACCCAGUUUCUGCCAUCCAUCCCCAUUAACAAAUGUACUGAUAUCAGAUGGGCACCUGUCCCUGAUUCUUUCUUUUUAUUAAAAUAGCUUCAGAGGACAUUUUGGGGGGGAAAGAAUGUACGUCUAGCUUAUGAGGUUCAUUGCUGAGUGCUCCAUGUGACUCCACUUGUGAAAUAAAUUUAUUAAUGUGUUGGUGAUGGUUGUUUCUUUAAAUAGCACCAUUUUGUAUUCUGUUUCGCAAAAUGAAUGGAAAAUUAAAAUUCUGAACGAAAUGUGAGAUACUCAUUUACAUUUUUCCCCUGAGAAUGUGGUUCAGAUUACAGGGAUAUUUAACAUCCAGCUAGGUCACUCAGGCUGAAGUCUUAAACUCAUUUAAUAGGAACCGUUGAACAAAAUGGGACUUAUUUCCAAGUAAAUACGUUUAAGAUUGUGCUUAGAGGGGAGGGCUGCUAGGCUUCAUAGCACUGUUUGCAGGCCAAGCCUAGGCUCAUUUAGUUGUUCUUCAGUGGUGUAGCCGUCACAUAAUGUCUUGUUGGGUGGUGAUUCUGGGGUUAAUCUUCAUCAUUUAGGCAUUGUUUGAUUCCCAUUCCAACAUAAUCAUCCAGGGGUCCUUUACCUUUAUCUGCUAGACUGUAUGGGAAGUAUCUAUGCCAGUACAAUGUAUUUUGGGGGGUGGGGUGAGGGGGUAGCAGGAGUGUUUUGUGUGUGGUCCAAUAAUCCAUGUGGGAUUAAAAUGUUGUCUCACCUGUAUGGAAUUCUCAAAAAGUGUGUAUGUUUUGUUUGUCUUUCUUUCUUUCUUUUUGCUGCAGCAGUAGCCAUACCACACACAAAAAAAAUUGGAAUUGUGGUUUUCCACACUGCUUUCUGAAGACCUUAUUUCUUUUCAUUUUUUUCUUUUUAAAAACCUCAGCAUAUAUAACUGCUUUUUGGGGGGGGAGCAGCUACGUUUAUCAGUUUAAUUGACAGGCAGGACUUAAAGUGGUCCAGCAUUUUCUGGCCUUAAAAGGUAAAAGAAUGAGAAGUUUCACUGUUGGAUUUUUGUCUGUCCCAGAACUGUGAGGAAUAGGAGUUCUACAAAAAUGGCUGACUUCAAGUUGGUAUAACAAAUAAUUAAGCAUCCCCCUCCACCCCGCUGCCUUUUGAAUUGCGUGUUGUGGUUAAAGGUGGGGCAAGACACACUUGUCUGUCCUGUCUGUCCUGAACUUCAGAAGACUCAAACCUGUUCAUAUUUACCCGUGCUGGAAGAAGUAUGUCCUCCUGCGUUCAAAGGGACUUAAAAUUUCGAAUAGACAUGGUUAGGAUUGCACUUUUAAAUCCUCCUUAAUUCAGUGGGGCUUAAUCUCAGGUAAACGGGAUUAGAACCGCAGUAGUAUUAUUCCUUGGCAAGCCCUCUUCUUGACAAAAGUUGCACUUAGGCUUCAAUCGUAAUGCGUGUCUUUGUGGAAGAGAGAGAUAUUUUCGCAGCAGGCAGGAUGCCUCCGUGUGGCUUGCUGCACACAUGCUCCCUUCCCACUCUUUAGGACCCAGCAGGAACUGGAGUCAGUACUUGGGUUAACGGGUUUGCAGCUCCGGCGAAGGCUUGGCUCCCCUUUCCCUUGCAUCGUCCUGAAGUGAGCGCGGGGCGGGCGGAGGAGCGGCUUCCGUUUCUCCUCCACCAUCCCUCUCCGACUCCGCGUCUCUCUUGGCCAACUCCAGGAGGCGCGGGGACCGCGUGGGGGCGCGCCAAUUUGGCCCUCCAGAAGGCGACGAGCAGCGCUUCUGAGUCAAGGGCUUCUUUUGCUUGCUGCUUGCAGCAGCCGGUGCAGGGAAAGCGCCGGCGUCCUAAUUAAGCUGGUGCUGCGCCUGCUUGCUUGUAUCGCCGCUAUCCUUGGCUGUAGUUGUUGUUGUUGUUGUUGGGCCGGGACGUCUCUUGAAAGCCUUCCCUGCUCGGGAGCUGCGAGCCUGCAAACUGCCCCCGGGGGUGGGGGGAACCCGCUCUCGCGAUAAGCCCUGCAGAGGCGUUGGUGCAGUUGCAAUAGCGGCGCCGAUUUGGAGAGCGGACUAGAAAAACGAGAAGGUGACUGAGGCGGCAGCAGCAGCAGCAGCAGCCGAGACCUUGCAGGGCUGCGCGCGAGGUCAACAAUGCCCUGGUGACAGAGGCGAGAGGAGAGGACUCCGGCUGGGCAGCUUGCAACGCAAGACGACCUUUGCCAGCAGCUCCUAGGAUUCACCGUGUGUGUGUGUGUCAAGGUGUGGAGCACAACAAACGAGCUGGAACGGUAGGUUUCUCCGGGCAUGCAGGUCUUGUUGUGUGUGUGUUUUUCUUUGGCGUUACGUAUCGGUGGGGAAAUACUCCGGAGGAAGAGAUGGAAGGUGCAAGGACAGGAGGGACUGAUCUGGGAUUCUGACAGCAUGCUGCCAGGCUUUGCCGCUCUACUAGGCUCAAAAUCUCUUCCAUCAUCCCCUGACCCUGGUAGCUUGUGCUAGAAAGCUGAAAAGUUUGUAGUUUCUGGUGCUUUGUUUUCUGAUGCUGCAAGUUUAAUGGCUUCCUUCUGACAUUGGAAUGCUGUGUCAAUGAGCCUUUAAAAAUGCCUAUGUGUUAAAACGUAAGUCAGUUCUCAGAACUGAGUUCAGGACAUUUUUUUAGUAGUGGGGGCUCCUUAAAAAUAAAUAAAUUGAAGCUUAAGUAGAAGAUGUAAGAAAAUUAUAGUUUGUGGUAUUACUUCACUGACAGCAUUGCUUUUAUAGUUUCAUAGAAGUUGGUAUUGUUGUAUUUCAGUCUUUGCAAACUCCAAAGAGAUGUUCAAUAUUGACAUUGAGGCGUUUUCAGCCAUAUCACUAUAGUAGCACAUAGUAGAUACAGGUAAGCUUCCUGUCAGGUGUGUGUUCUGUAGAACAAAGGAUAUGCUUUGGCUUUAAAAUGCAGUACAUACAGAUAUUAAUCUUAAUUUGAAGGUAUGAAAUGAGGACACUGAAACUAAAACUAACUAAUUUACUUGAAGUCUGAGACGUAAGUGAAAUUCAGUAGUAACCUAACAAACUGCUAUGCCCUUGGAAGUUAAGCCCUAUUGGUUUUCUGGGUUCUUACAAAUAAAUGUAUUUAAAAUUGAAGUUAAAUUUUUCAUAACUUAAUUCUGUUUAUUCCUUUGUGGGAAGCAUCUUACUUCUUAAAAGAGUGAUGUUUGGCUGGCUUUAUUAUUUGCUGCAGUGCUUCUACUUAAUCCACAGUUUUCUGGAAACUAUCGCGCCAUCUGCAAUGUACAUUUAAAGUACUGUAGCAUUGUACCACUUUAAACAGUCAUGGCUUCCCCCAAAGAAUUCUGGGAGGUGUAGUUUGUUAAGGGUUCAAAUAGCUGUUAGGACACCCCUUAGAGCUACAGAGAGCUACAGUGGUACCUCGGGUCACAUACGCUUCAGGUUACAUACGCUUCAGGUUACACACUCCGCUAACCCAGAAAUAGUGAUUCAGGUUAAGAGCUUUGCUUCAGGAUAAGAACAGAAAUCAUGCUCCGGCGGCACGGCAGCAGCAGGAGGCCCCAUUAGCUAAAGUGGUGCUUCAGGUUAAGAACAGUUUCAGGUUAAGAACGGACCUCUGGAACAAAUUAAGUACUUAACCCAAGGUACCACUGUACAGUUCUGAUUUCCCUUGGGAUGGAUAACCUACUUUGCACAUUGUAACUCUGUGAGGAGAAUAGGGGGGGCUACCUACUGAAGUUUUGUUUGUUUGUUUGUUUGUUUUUUUGGAAGGUUGGUCUAGUGGUGGUUGCAUUCAUGAUAGUUAAAUAGAACCUCCAGGUUCUGAGACGGUCUACCUUUUUGUAUAUCUCUGUGUUGGGUAAACAGCAGGUGAGGGAUGUCACCUUUAGGCUAGUGGCAGGUUGCAAAAUCAGACUGUGGGAAAAUGCUUGCUUGAUUAAAUGGGCCUUUAUGUCUCUUCUUAUGUUGUAGGGGACUGCUGUCCUACACCUACUUUUACUCAUGCUGAGUUUCCUACAUGGGUAUCGCUUCGGUGUAGGAAAUUAUGACAUACACAGCAUGGGUGAAUGGGGGUGAAAAGUAGCGCUGAUGUGCAGUGGACCCUAUGGGAACUAUGGGUAUUUGGCCCGCCAUUCAGUGGGUGCUACUAGAUCUGAGUGGCAGCUUAACUAAACCCAUUAACCCCUUCCCCUCCACUGUAACCAAGCUUAAGAAGGUGUAGCUAUAUUUGUUCCCAUUCAUCUCUUGCUACCAUCCCAACUACAAUUUUUAAUUGUAAGGUCCUUGUGGGCUGGGACAACUCAUUCUCGCUUUCCGUUUCCCCCCUCUUUCUCAUAUUUUAUUUCUUUUUCUUAUGCAACACUGGAAAACACAGGGUAGCAAAGUUCUGUGCAAAGAUGAACUUCCUUCAAACUUUAAACAUUACAACAAUGCCGCCUACGAUUAUGUUAGCCCAUCCCUCAUUCUUCUAGAACGAAAGGCUGUUAUUUAUUGCCUACUUGAAGGUCCCAUAAGAGACUUCAAGCACUUAUAAAGGGAAAUCUCAAGUGCAACUGCAAAUAUCUAGCUUACCUCAUCUGAACUGCUGCAGACCAUUAAAAAAAAAAUAUUUCGAAGGAAAACAGGGUGAUGGAUUAAUCCCUAGAAUGUUGAUCUUUCCCAAUUUAUUGUGGCCCUUAGGGGAUUUAUUUCCAACUCCAAAUAGUAUGAGUAUUGUGUGUUGUGCAGAUGUCUCUUCAUAACACUUGGCACACUCCCUGGAAAGAUGUGGAAGUGUAUAAGCCUUGCUUAUGUGUUACAGGGCUGGCCCUACUCCAAAUGGCUCCCAGGGCGAGGAAUAUUUCAGUUCCCACCCAUUUGCUGGGUUUUUGAAACCCUUUUUGUGCAUUGUGUUUGCAGCCCUUUCCAUGGUUGUGAUGCACAAGUUGCAUACUGUGUAUGAUUUGUUCUUGUUAGACAAGAUGGUGCAUUUGUGCAUAUGGAUCCUAUCGCAAUCAUGCCCACACUGUUCACUGAAUGAGACUGUUGAAAGGCUUCCCACAAAUAAAAAGCAUCUGUUAGUACAGCCCUGGCCAUGCAGCUCAAUGUCCCCAGCUUUGCAAGUGAAUAUGUAGUUUUCAGCUGUUGAGAGGAUCAUUCAGUGAAUAGCCUGGAGCCCAGGUGAUUGUGUGCUCUGGCUGGCAGCAGCUCUCCAGUCUUUCAAGUUAAUGUGUUUUCUAAUCCUGCUACUUGAGAUCUUUUAACUGGAUCUUUAAAAAGACCUGCUGCCAAGAGCAUACUCACAAUCGUUACAUCCAAAUUCAUGAGAUCCAGAAUGUUGCUGUUCCUGCCUCCUUCAGUCCAGAUGGCAAUAAGAUCAAGUGCAGAAUGCAAAUUAUAAUGUAAGGCAGUGUAAUUUGCUCCAGUGUGUUACUAUUUGACAUAGAAAUUUGAACCAAGAUUUUGUAACUCUUCCAGGGUACAUGGUAAUUCUUAAUUAAAUCUUGUUCUGAAUUUUAUUAUAUAUAUAUAUAUAUUCCCCCUGGGUCAGUUCUUUUCCCUUACCAUUUUUGACCAAAGUGUGCACUACAAACAGGAAAAACAUACUUUCUCUGCACACUGAGUUGUGGACCCAGGCAUAUGACCAUGUGGCAUAUUCCCCCUUUCUCUCUGCGAUGACUUCUCUUUCCUUCUACACCCCUCCAAAAUAUGUUCCAGAGAAUUAGGGAACCUCUUUGGAACAGCCAUAGGAGGUGGUACUGGGAGCUGUCAUUUGGUACAACCCAUAUUUUAUGUGCACCAGUACCAGUUUUGUGAGACAUAUUGGUACUGGUGGUUUAAGUUACUUCAGCAUAAACAAUAAUACUUUUAGCUGCCUUUAAAGACACAAUGUUAAAUAGAAAACUAUAAUUUUAAGGGUUAAUUCACUUAAAUGACUCUGUAAUGUCUAUGAGCAGUCUUUCAGUCAUGGAAGUUUAUUUGGGUGGAGGACAAUAUUAAAUUGCACAUUGCCUCCCCAGUUUCAGUCUCGUGUUCAAAGCUGUAGAUGCUUCUUUAACUUCACAUACUAAGUUUCAUCAGUAUUGCACAUAUAUCUCUAGUUCGCUGCUGUAGAUAUGAAACAUGUGAAGUACCAUAUACAGAAAUAUAGGGCUUCAAAUAAAUCAGACUUGGCCUGUAUGAUGGGCACAAUCCUGCCAUUCUGCUCAUACAGCUGUUCUUACAAUAUACCGUAUUUUUCGCUCUAUAGGACACACUUUUUCCCCUUCAAAAAUGAAGGGGAAAUGUGUGUGCAUCCUAUGGAGCGAAGACGCCAUAGCCCCGCGACCCUCUCCCGGCUGGAGAGGUGACGCGCGGCUAUGGCAGGAGCCUCUUUAGCCGCGUGCCACCUCUCCAGCCGGGAGAGCGCGCGCGCGGCUAAAGAAGCCAUAGCCCCGCGACCCUCUCCCAGCUGGAGAGGUGACACGCGACUCUGGCAGGCGCCUUACCGCUGCUCCCCGACCUGCUCUUUGGGGCUGGUGGUGGGCUUUCCCCCACCAGCCCCAAAGAGCAGGUCAAAAGGAACCUGAAGCCUGGAGAGCGAGAGGGGUGGGUGCGCACCGACCCCUCUCGCUCUCCAGGCUUCCAAGGUACGCACCUUAAACGGCACCUUGUUUUAGAGCGGGAAAACAAGAGGGGGAAAAUUCUCCCCCUCUGCGCAGCGCCUCCUGCCGCUUCGCUGAAGGGACGCUGGGCAGAGAGGGGGAGAAAUUUUUUUUUCUUGUUCUCCCCCCUCUAAAACAACGUGCAUCCUAUUGUCCGGUGCGUCCUAUGGUGCGAAAAAUACGGUAUUAGGGACAGAAAGAGGGAUAUGGAGGGUGGCAACAUGGAAACGGGCCUUUUCUGAGGUGACACCUCAUUUGUGGAAUGGUCUCAAUGAUGCUUGCCUGGUGCUUUCAUUACAUAUAUUUAGGCGCCAGAUGAAAGCUUUUCUCUUUAACCAGGCGUUUUGCUGAUUAACAUUCUGUGACCUUUUAAAUGUGUCUGUGGAAGAGGGUGUUAUUGGUUUAUUUUGCUUUGGUUUUACUAUGUAUUUUGUGUUUUCAUUUUGUAUUUUUAUGUUGUGAACUGCCCUGUGAUCUUCAGAUGAAGGUUUGUAUACACAUUUAAUAAAAAGGGUUGUAUACACAUUUAAUAAAUGGAUGAAUGAAUGAAUGUACCGUCAAUUUUCCUUUAAUUCCACAAUAGACUUCAUACGGUGAGCCUGUCUUGUAGAACACUCAAGGAAAACAUUGCUGCAAAGAAUGGCCUGAUUCAUGAAUAUUCUAAUUUGAAUCUGCAGGGCCUUCUCUGUACUGGCACUCUGUUUAUGGAACUCCCUCCUUCCUCUUGGAGGUGCAUAGAGUGCCUUUGUUAGUGGAGUUUCACUGUUGUCUUUAACACCCAUCUUUUCACCUGGGCCUUGGGGUAAAUUAGGUUGGUGGGUGACACCAGCUAUCGUUGACAUACUGUGCUGCUGCAGAAAAACAAUGCUUUUAUUGUAAUUGGUUUUGUCACUGUUGUAAAAUUUAUUUUUGUUUAAUGUGAAUAUUGCAAACCUCCCUGGAAUCCUGAUGAAAGGCAGUAUAGAAAUAUAGCAUUGUAAAUAAAUCAUUGUAAAGGAAUUUGAAACAGAGCCACCACUAUAGACCACAAUGUAUUAGAAGACUGAUAAUGCUGGAAGGCUUUCUGAGGGAUCUUAGGCCAAUCAUUUUUGGGUUUAAAAGUCAGCUGUACCAAUAUGUUAAAUAAAACUGGGAAACAAACUGCCUGUCAGUGGAGCUCAGUAAAAAUGACAUAAUAUACUUAAGAGUUGCCAAUAGCUAAGGAGCUGCAUUCAGGACUAACUGAACUUCAUAGAAUCAUAGACUUAGAAGAGCCUGUUGUGUUACCCCCAAGCUCAUACUAGCAGUUCCAUGAAUUAUACAAAAGUUGCAUUAACUGAUUAAUAGGAAACUUGCUUUGCCUUUCAUAGCACCUUCAGUUUUAGUUGCCAAUUUUUGCUUAGACAAAUUCUUUUUGUAAGCUUUCCUAUUCUGCGACACAUUAAAAUGGUGAGACAAAACUUCAUGGCGAAGUUCCCUGGUCAUCUUAAUCCACUUCUCUGAGCUUGUUGACAUGGUUUAGUUAGCAAACUGGAGCCUAUUCUUGAAAUAGCCUUGAGUUUCACGUUCUUGGGAGAGAUGAGAUUUUAUUCAUACAUGUUUCUACUUAUAGGUGAGGAAUCUGAAACUGGAGCAUGAGCAAGAGAAAAACAAGAUCUUAUCUGAAGCUCUAGAAACAUUAGCUACUGAACACCAUGAAUUAGAGCAGUCACUGGUCAAAGGGUCACCACCUCUGAGCAUCUUUAGUGAGGAACAGUUCUAUGAUGCUGUUUCAGGUAAGUGUGUGACAUAGAAAACUAAAAUGUUAGGGGUUUUUUUUUCCUUUAAAAGACCAGGGUCAAGGGUGUGUGUGUAUUUGUGUGUUUAUGUAUAAACAUAUGCAUAUAUACACACACCUUGACUUCUCAGAGUAAUGAACAGAAGAAAAGGCCUAUCCUGUCACAAGUAGUUUGCAGUAUAAAUUUUGACUCUGGCUAGGAAGAAUAUAUUGAAAGGGGCAAAAGUAGCAAGAUUUGGGUGCGAACAGCUGUAACUGGAUUUGGAGUAAUGAAUUGUUUACUCUAUAAGUAGUAGGUAUGUAAAUCUUGGUUUAUAUACAAUAGAGCUCAAUUUUUAUAAGAGCCACGGUCACUCCUAGCCUGGCUGCUUUUUGCCAUCUGUCUCUUGCCUCUCCAUCUACAGACAAGGACAAGCUAAUGAAAAAGGAAUUUAGAUCAUGAUUCAAAAACAAAAAUGUGGUUGGUGCAGGCUCAGGAGAGGUAACGCUUUAAAAACCCAUGUUCAGUGUCUAAAAACAGAUUAAAAUAUAAUACACGCAAUUUCUAGCUUGCCUGACCAAAAUGCAUUAGAUUAAAUUGAAUUGCACUGUUGUGAGGAGAAAUGCACUGUAAUAAACUAGGUGUUCAAAUAGGUUUCUGCUACUGAAACCAUUCAGCUGGCUAGGAUUUCAGGGUCAUCUUAGAAUGGACAAGUAGUUGUCUUGACCAUGUAUAAUGUGUCCUCUGCAGAAAAUAAGAACCAGACCUCUUUGUUUGAUUCCUAUUUUUGGAUAAUGACUGAAGGAAAAAGCCUGUUCUCUGAGAAUGAGGGGUGCAAUGUGGGUUGGAAUCUGCAUGCUGAUCAAUUGAGUGGGAGGCAUAAAUGAAACUGAACACAGUUUCCCUUUUGUAAACUUUCUACCAAAGGUUUUGAGAGAGGUUUUGCCACCAGCAAAACCCCUCACCAAGGUCAAGAAAUGCUGGAGAGAAUGCGUGGUUUGGCUAGCUUGCUUAAGAACCUUCUGUGUGUUACUUCUCUACAGGCAGUGAGAAAAUGUCGUUAAGCAAGAGGCUAUGGUCUGCCUAGUAGCCAUUUGUCUUGUUGAUGAUUGUUUCUCAGCAUUAAAUUGUCUUGUGAAAAUUAUUUAUCAAAGGCCUUUCACGGAACCUGAAAGACAACACAGCUGCUCCUAAUGUGUGCAUGCAUACCAUAAGUGUCUUCUGAUAUGUAGAAAUAUAACACAGACAAAUUUAGUGACUGUGCCAGAAGGUAAAAUCUAUCAGAACUUAAGGAAACCAUUCUGGUGGAAGAACAGGGUUGUCUGGGAUAUAGGUUAUUAUUGUUAUUUAUACCUUGCCCAUCUGGCUGGGUUGUUAGGAUACAUACAGAUGUUAAUAUAAAAGUCUAAGCCAGAAUUGGUGCACUUGUAUUCUAAUAGAACAUCUAAAGCUCCUCUGGUAAAACUACAUGUCUGAUAUGCUUUGUGCCUCCCUUGCGGGGGGGGGGGGCGGGCGAGUGAGGGGGUUGGACUCCAUCUGAGUGCUGCUGUUUCAAGGGAAUGUAAUUUCUCAUUUGUUUGUGAAGUUUGAUAACAUGAUCAAAUUUGAAUACUGCACCAAGUUGUCGAUUACUGAAAUGCAAUUAUUCAGGGAUAUUACAGUUGCUUGAACCAAAGAAAAUAACUGGACAGUUCCCCUUUUUGAAAGGGAUUGAAAAUUCACAAGAAAACAAUCAUAUUGGGCAGAUAAAGCAAAAAAUAAAUAAUUUUUUUUAAAAAAAAGCUUGGCUCUAAGAGAGAGGAGAAAUGUAGGCUAUUUGUUUUCACUUGAAACUGUGUAUUAUGGGCCUUGUAAGCUGCAGUUUUAAUUAUUUGAUGUAAGACCUUACAAUUGGCAGGUCACCUGGAACCAUACAAAUCCCUUGUUUUACGGACUUACCUAAAUUAAUACGUUUGCCUUGUUAUGCUGUCCUUCUGUAAGUGGAUAGGAAGAGUCUGUUUACAAUCUUAUAUCCACGAUAGCAAACUCUUUUGAAAAGUAAAGCUCCCUGUCAACUUGGGAUGUCUGUCAGGAGAUCAGGAAUUAUGCAACCCUAAGGUCUCUUGUAUUACCUGAAUGGUUUCCUGUGCACCAUAAUUAACCUGUAAAGCUUCACUUGUUCCUUACAGAACAGCUUGCUCAGCAGCUAGUUGCCUUAAAAAAGAAGAAGACGGCAUGUUUGGUAUAAUAGGACUUACCAAGUAGGCAGCUAGCUAGCCAAUAUCUGCACCACAUAAGUAUUAAAAUGUAGUAAGAGAACUCUCCUGUACAUUUUGGUAUCUAACACUAGGAAUAACUGACUGCAAAGGGAAGCUUAUGAGCCAGUUUCAUGAUCUGAAGAAUCUGCUUCCAUCCUGAGUUCCAUGUCUUGGACUGUUAAUAUCCAUACAUAAAAAACAGCCAAUAUAUUCCAGCUCUUGAAAUUUUGCAUUGCCAUCUAUGCAAACAUAGUGUUUGCUUUGAUCAGAUUUGUUUAUAGCACAAACUGUAAACAUUUAUGCAAAAGGUCUGUGUCCUCAGUUCCUUUUCUGUGUUUGUAGCUGGGAUAGAAAGUAAGUGACUAAACUGGGUUUUGCCAGACACUGGAAGAAAAAACACGUCCUCAGUCUCUGGGGAAAAUAUGUUCUGUGAAGCCUAGGAUUGGUGGUGGUGGGUUCUAAGCUCUUCAGAUAGCACCUCCUUCUCCUAUGGCUGGUAAAAGUACAAAUAAUGUGUUUAAAAUAGCAAAUGCAAAUCUGUGUGUGUGUGUGUGUGCGUGUGUGUGUGUGCGCGCGCGCACACACACACACACACACACACAUAUACAGUUGGUGAGAUUUUGUACUCCACAUUUAAAAAUAGAGUUCCACUGGCCCUGAAUAGCAUUGCCUAGUUGGCUUUGCUACCCAUUUGGGUGAAGGAAGGUCAUGGAACUUGUAGUAAUGUGUAGAUGCAGCUGAUAACGGAAAUCCUGGGCAUCUGCCAGAUGGGUAUGAUUCAGAGAAAUGCCGGUCCUUGUUGAGUAUAUUUCAAAGGAUUGUUAUGUGUGUAACCAAUACGAAUGCACAUUGUGCUCAUUUACCAUGUUUACCAUAGUUGGUAAGAAAAAAUGUUUUCCUUUCCUCAUUGGGUUGGACUUGCUGGUGAGUAUAUUUGCUUUAAUGUGUCCAGCUGUGUUUCACUAUGUUUUUAUCCUUUAUUGUUGGGGCAUAUUAGUUUGAAAAAUCUUGAUGUACACUAAAAAAACCCCUAAAAACUCAGGAGAAUACCUGGUGUUAAAUUUAACUAGUAGUGCAGGAAUUUAACGACACACCUAAAGGAAAAGGCUGGAUUCUCAUAUUAAAACUAUGAAACAAAGAGUUGUGUAGGAACUCAUAUCUUAACCCUGAUUCCAAUAAGUAUGGUUAAAGGAUAGGCUAAUAUCGCACCUAUAACGGGCCUAAGUUUAGGAGUUGGUAAGAUGUUUUGCUGGUACCCUGUACUUGUCUGUCCCUGCUCACAUUCCCAUCUUUGUAUAAUCCUUGGCGCUGAACAAUUUGCUCACCCAUGUUCUUUCAGAGACUCAGUCUCUCCUUGUACUAAGUUUUCACUGGACAAAUGCUGUCAUCAGUACACCAUAGGCUACUUAAGUUUCAUUACGCUGUGCAAAGGAGGUGUCCAUUAGCCUGCAAAAGGCUAGCCUGAAGUGUGUCUCAUUUGGCGUUCAUCUGUCUUACAGAUUCAGAAUCCGAAAAAUCAUUGAGUGGAUUUGAAACUGUGACAACUUACUCAUUAGAAGACAGUGUGGAUUCUAGUGACACUAUAACGUCUGACAUGUCUGGAGAAAAGACCUGUAAAACUGGAGAGACUCUGUCAAAUGGCAUCAAAAAACACAGGUAGGAUUUUUGUCUAGAGAGGCUGCAACCUAUACUGCUGUGCUAGGAAAAAACAACCCCAAAUGUGGUAUCUAUAAAAGAUACUUGGGGAUACUUCUGCCUUUCCCCUUGAACAGUGGUGGAACAGAAGUUCAUUAAUAUGAGAUCAUCUUUUUUGUUGUUAACAUUUUUUUAAAAAGUGAGGUACAUUGAUGUGACUACACCAUGUUGCAAAUGAAAUACAUGAAUUCUUAACAAUGCAUGUUUCUGGCUCAUUUAAAUUUGUCUUACUGACAUCAAUACUGGUCUCUUGUUUCUUCAUGUUUUUUUAAUGUGGGUCUCUUACUGCUUUUUAAAAAAAGUUUCCAGUUACUUGAUCGCCUUUGCAUUAUCAUUCAUUCAAUGCUAGUAUUGGCCAGAUAUUUCAAUAUGUUUUUGCAAACAAAAAACAUCAAAAGCAAGAGGUCAUAUUGAAGACAAAUGUCACACAUCUUCUGCUUCAUCUGUUCUUAACUUUUUUACAUGUAAAAGGAGGACAAUAGAACCCCUGUGACAUGUAACAAAUACUGCACCUUAUUUCUCAGGUUUCAAUGCAGAGAGAAUUUAAUAUGUGCACAUUUAUUUUUUACCUCCACUGUUUCACUAUCACUAGUUGCUUGGCAUAAAGAUGGUGACCUUAUUUUAUUUGCUGAAGACAAAUUCAAGAGAGAGAGUUUGGUUUAAAUACGUUUCACUCUCAUAUGUAUCAACAUUUCCAUGCUUGCCUCUUGGCUCAAUUUAAUGCGUUCUGAUCACCGCAAAAUGGCACCAUGGCUUGUGUGCAGAAUGAAACCUGUCAUGUCUUCACCCACAAUCAUUGUAGGACUGUAGAAAUAUUUCAGAAUUUCUAGGCACAAUGAAAUUUAAACGAAUAAGCAGUCAAAAAUUCCACAUACACCCCAGAUUGACUCUGUUUAAUAAAUGAUAGCCAACACUCCCCACUUCAUCUCCCAUGCCCCUUCUCACGUUAGAUAAGAUAGUCCUGUUAAUGCAGUUUGCACAGUGUUCAUUCCGUGGAGAAAGGAAGGAUUAGGGUUCUUUAUCAAAUGAUUUUUUGCUAGGCAGCAAAGAUAAGCUCAAAGCAGCUCUAACUAUAGGAAACAAUCUGCAAUUUGGCAGCUUUCCACAAUGCUUGUUGUAAAACUCUAUUGCCAAAAUGGUAAACAAGAGGUGACAAGAGCCGCCAAGCUCUUAUUUGUUCCUCAGUCCCCUGGCAUUUCUCUUCUUUCCACUACAGAUGUCUCUCAUUAGGCUUUUUGGUCACUAUUUUUUUUUUACAUCUGUAUAAUUUUGCCCCCAUACCCUUAUUCAGCAAUAAUUAUGUCUUUUGCUGUUUUUUUAAUGGACUUUUUGGUAGUGUUUUAAAAAUGUAGCUAGGGCGUAUUCUUUUUUAACUUUCCAGCUCACAUCUCUUUGUGAACUAUAUUGCAAUAUCUGACCUGUCAUCUGGCGCUAUUUAGGGAAUUGGUGUCUGCAAAUACUGUAUAUUGAUGCAGAUUCUCAGAGCUCUGUGGGAAAACCAAUCUAAAUUUUGCCUUGGAGCAAACUUCCUCAGGGGAUGAAGCUGUUCAGUUGUCUUGGGAUUCUUGUACUGUUUUCUUCUCUUGUCAUACCGUGACUACUGUUGUAACAUACAUUUAUGUGGGCAAUGUUUUACCAUGGUUUGUCUGAGUGUUUUAUGUUUGCAUUUAUAACUAAAUAUAUAUAUAUAUAAAGGGGGCGGAAAUGCAUGUGUAAAUUUAAAUGUAGCUUUGAUACAACACCAAGGUGAACAUACUUUUAUGGUAAAAAUUGUAAAUAAAUAUCUGUCAUGAUUCUAGAACCGCAGUGAUGUUUGUAUUACAUACAGAAAAGACAUUCUGCCAAAGUUUGGAAUUGGACAUGUUUUGCAUGCGGCAUGUGACUUUUCUGCUAAGAACGUAGCAAACCAGUUAGUCUUGGGAACGAGUUGUCAUUUCAUCUGACAUGUUCACUUUUGGGUUCUCAUGCUUAGGCUUACAUUAUGCGCAGUUCUGAAACAAGGAUGGGGGGAAAAUAACUAAACACAUGCACAGGCCUAGUAGUAUCUUUUUGUCUGUGUGUUUGUCACUUGUUACUGUGCCAUUUCAUUUUUAAAACGGAACAAGAAACUGGCUGCUCAGUUUUCCUCAGUGGAAGUUCAUUUUGAAGUGUAAUAGAUCGAAGGGGCAAUUCUAGCCGUGUUACUCUGUCAUAAUCACAUUGACACUGGCAUAAUCCCGGUUCAGCAUUGGUGUCAGCAAUGAGAAGGGGUAAGAAAAGUUGCUAAUGACUCUAGGGUGCUGAUUUCAAAUAGCAAAAAGAUUUAAACUUCCAUAAUGAUAUUUAAAAACAAUAUUUUAAAAGCCCCAAAUAUACAAAGGCUAACUGGGGGCUUAUCAGUGAGCCAGACAUGUAAAUAAUGUUCAUUAGCCCAAGUACAGGCAGUGACCAUUUUAUGUGCAUCGGAUUGACACGUGAUCACGCACACACUCAUUGCUGCCAACCCGGAAGUGGUCCCAAAGUGGGGUGGAAUGGGGGCAGGGUGGGCUAAUGCAAACUCCACUUACACACACAGGUCAGGAAUGGAACCACCUGUAUGUAAAUGUAGAAACAACUCCUGUUCUACCAAAAAAAAAAGCAUGUUAACUGAUUUCCUCAGCUGUUUGUGUCUAUGUGCAAUAAGUGGCAUGCCGAAGGAAGUGCUACUAAUUGGCUGCAGCUCUCACUCCCAACGAGGUCUUGUACUGUACUUCGUUUUUUGUGAUUGCAACAGGAAGGAGGACCCCUUCUGGUUAAAGAUUCUGUGCUUUGCUGGUACUACCAGGAGGUGACGUGUUGGCCUCUGCCAAAAUAAAGGCCAUAUACUGCUCUCUCUCCCAUCUGCCUUAAUUUUUGUGCUUUUAGGGCUGUGUCUAGCGACACAAACUAUACAGUCAAGUAACUUCAGAGUUUCAGAAUUGAGAUGCUACUUGCCCCUCGUCUUGGGACUUAAAUGGAUGCUGAAGUUCAGUCCAUUUGUAGCACUUCAAAUGCUGUUAGUUUCUUGAAUGACACGAAGCUGGUUUAUUGACUCUUGGUUGGAUUGGGGGUAAGGGAUUGUGAAGUGGGGAGAACGGGGAGGAAGGUGGUGAGGAACUAUACAUGGUUGGUCUUCAUUCAGUGCUCCAAACAUUGAUGAAGAUAAAAUAGUUGUUGUACCAUGCCUUCCACCUAGUCCAGAAGAUUAUCUUGGAUGGUCUGGGGUGCGAGGGGAAGAGAUACAAUAGUCCAAACAGUUUGAGGGAAGUCUGGCCACAAGUUCAGUCUAUGAAAAUGUGUUUGGGGACCUCCAUGAUAUGUAAUGGGGUGUACCUUGUAGAUGCUUAACUAGCUCCAUAUAGCCGCACCACAGAAUCAUUCAAAUUUAAACAUUAAAGAAUACUGUCCUGUAAUAUUUAGCCUUGAAUAUGAGAAGUGACUAGAAUAGGUGAAAGGAGAGCUAAAGCCAGCUUCAUGUGCAAAGAAUGUGUUUUGUUGCUUGUUUUUCUGUGUCCCUGGUCCUAAACUUAGGCAUUUGCUAUCAGUUGCUUGAGAUACCGUAUUUUUCACCCCAUAGGGCGCACCGCCCCAUAGGACGCACCUAGUUUUUUUUGGGGGGGGGAAUAAAGAAAAAAAAAAUAUUUCCCCCCCAGGCACGGGGCUGGCACGGGGGAAGCCCGAGCUUCCCCUGACCCCAGCCCCCAGAACAGCCUGCUAUCCGCAAGCCUAGGGAGCCGCGCCGGUCUCCCCAGGCUUGCAGAGAGCUGCGCGAAGCCCGGGCGCACUCUUCAGCGCGCCCCAGGCUUUGGAAUGCAGGCACCGACCCCUCUCGCUCUCCAGGCACACCGACCCCUCUCGCGCACCGACCCCUCUCGCUCUCCAGGCACAGCGAAAGCCUGCAUUUGCCCCAUAGGACGGACACACAUUUCCUCUUCAUUUUUGGAGGGGGAAAAGUGCGUCCUAUAGGGCGAAAAAUACGGUAAUUGGCAUGCUCAAACUCUUGGAAUUUUUCAUUGUUGACAAUACAUAACUAACGUUGAAAGAGUACAUGAUCUGAAGCAGAAAAGAAUAUUUGCCAUUUGAUACAAACCAUAUGCAGCUUGUACUAAUCAUGUUAUUUAAGGCGUGCAACCCAUUGGUAUAGCAUAGUGAAACUGGAUGUAAACUGUAAAUAUGGCUUUUAUGAGACUUAGUAGAUCAGACUGGAAUUUUCAUUCAAAGUUCCUGACUCUUGGGCAUGUUCUCUUCUGUACAUUCUAUACAUUAAUAGUGAACUCAAUUCUUGGAGUACUGAUCCUUAUCUAGCCAAAAUAGCACCAUCAGCGUGCAAGAGGGAAGUUUCAGCAUGCCUGGGAGCAGAUGGGAGGCAGGGAAAAGAAACCCCAAUGUUUGCAGAAUGGUUUUUUUGGGGGGGAGCCUUAAAAGGGGCAAAUGCCAAGAACUGCCCAGUGAAAACUGAGAAUAUCAGUGACCACAGAACUCUGGCUGACAGUUGAAGGAAGGGAAAUGGAAAACCAGGAUGGUGGUGAAAUUGGCGUAUCUUGGGAAGUCCUGGGCAUGUCUGGCUGGAACCCUGAACAGGAGCAUUCCACACAACAACACUUUGUUGUAGGUCCUACAUGAGUUCCGUAAUAAUGAGAUGAUGAUGCUAGCGAAAAGUGCUUUCACAUAGCAUAUCCUGCUGUCAUCGCUAAAACAAUACUGUAAGGUAGGUAACCAUUGUACCCAUAUGGCAAGUGGAGGCUGAGAGUGUGGCUUGGCUAAAGCCAUCUCUUGGGUUCCUGACUGACGCAAUCCCAUUACCUGGGGACUCGUAGAUCAGUCUUUUUUAGGUCACUAUGCGAGGAUGUGCUCCAGAUCCAUUUUGGUCAAGUUCCAUGGGCUCCGUCAACUUAUCUACUGUUCUUUUGUUUUUUGUUUUUACUUACUGGAACAUUACCUGGCCAGUUUUUGAAGGUUAUGCCUUUAUUUUUAUUGCCAUGAAAAUGCAGGUCUUUUUACUGUUGUAAAAUAAACCAAGCAUUCGCUACAAAAACUGCUAGAAGCGUUACUCAGACAUACACAUGUACCCCUUCAGAAUUGCAGCAGUAAAAGUGGUACAAUGUUUUUUAAAAUAAAAAAAACAAAAAAGCAUUGCUCAAGUUAAACACUAGUGUCAGCUUGUCUUCUGCAAAUAACCUGUGCAAGGAAUGUGUUUAUUGAGACACAACACACACUUCCUUAGUAUAACGCUUCCCCUCUUUAUUCACUGAAACACUAUUGAAAUUGGGAGGCCCAUAGUUAGCUGCUUUGUUGAGUUAACAAAUACCAUGCCGUUUAGGGCAUAUAGCAUAAGGAAUGCAAAAUGUAGUACAGUGAAAUAAAGCAAAAUAUUUCAUAGAAUUAAAAAUCUAUUAAGCUGAGAAACCAUGUUCCUCUUUCUCACCGUUGCAAUCUGGUGGCAGCCAUUACAUCAAGCGGUAGCAGGGAAGGGCCUCUCGCUUCAUCACUGCAACUGAGAGGCCAGUGACUGCCUCUCUUCGGAUUUUUCUACCCAGCUGUUUGUUAAGAGAACUUGACACUAAGAACUUGAACCGAAUCAUCUUACUUCUUCAUUCUUCCUGAACCAUUUCUCCAUUGUGUUGUCUUUUUAAAUUAUAACCCUGAGGGCGGUGACUCUAUUGUUUUGUAUUGCUCUGUAUACUGGUCUGGGGCAUUUUUUUGGCUGAAGGGAUAAAGAUUACUGUAAAAUAAACAAUAUAAACCUUGCCCUCUAUCCUGAUGAGUAACUGAAGAAAGCAGUUCUAAAACUAGAAAACAUUUUCCUGCCCUUUUGCACUAAUUUGGAUGAAAUCAAUUCUGACAAUCUUUCCCCCCCGCCCCAACUGAUCUUUUUCACUGGAGUAAGUAAUAAAUGUUGGUUGCUGAUGAUAGUUGCAAAGAAGUAUAGGGAGGCAUAUUGUUAAGGAGCUUUAGAGUCAUGCAAGUGUUUUCUUUUCUGAAAUUGAAGACUUCUGUCUCACUUGUGAAUUCUUUUUCAGAUAUCCUGGACUGGGCACUUGCCUUAAUAACGGGGCCUUCCUGUCUCCCAUCAAGUGGAGUCAAAAUGUUAUCUGGAUGCAGGCCUGUCCUGUGAAGGGACCACUACUUCCUUCCCAGAUAUAGUACUCUUAGCUUAGCUGGGGUGGGGGUGUAAAAAUUAUUAAUGGGGGUGGGGGUGGGCAGAUAGAGAAGUCCCCUAAAUAUAACUUAAGCACAUUACUGUUUCACAAGUGAUAUUUAUGUCUAUACUCUAAAUGUCAGCUUGUUUUAACCUUCAUGGCUUCCACCCAAUGAGCCCUGAACUAUUGUUCUAUAAAGGGACAUGGACUGCUUUGGGUUUCUUCACAGAGUUCUUUGGGGAAAGCCCUGAUGGGUCAACUGGUUUUGAAAUACAUAGUGUAGAUGUGGCUAAUGCAGCAUGUAACAUGGGAAGCAUUGAAUGGUAUUCCCAAAUAAUGUUACUAUUAAAUUUUGAAUGGUGGCUGAGAGCAUUUUAUUCUAUUUCUAUGCAGUUGUGUCCCCCCACCCAAAGUUGUGCUUAAUAGCCACCUUCGCUAUUGGGGUGCAGUUGUUUCCUUUCCCCUUCAAUUUUGUGCAAUCUAGCAUUAAUCUUAAUGGAAAGUUACAGAAAACCAACUUCUCUGUCAACUGUCCACUGCAUUUGCUUUCUCUUUCUGUGGGCUUGCCUUCUCUUGUGCUACAAAAUAAUGAAACACUAAUAUUUGAACAUGCAUAUCCUUAGUGGUGUACACAGGCAGAAACUGAGCUGUGUAGUUUGAGAACAUAAAGACAGGGACAGACUGUUGCUCAUUCAUGAUGCAGGAGAAAACGGUCAGUGUAAGACAUUGCUGACCUCUUUCUUGACUGAGCAGCCUUCUCAGCAAUAGGGCUAAGCUCGCAAUACCGUAAUUAGAGGGGGGGGGGAUGCAUUGUGAAAGUAAGCUAAAGACAUAAACAAAAUAAAACCCACUGGAUCAGGACACAGAUACCCAUCUAGGCCAGCAUGCUGUUCUCACAGUCUCCAACCACAUGCCUAUGGGAAGUCCACAAGCAGGGCCCAAGUCUUGUGGGAGUGAAUUCUCCCAAGAGUGAAUUCUAAGGCUUUGAGCUGAGUGACUCACCUGCUUAGUGGAGAUGCCCUUGGAAUUCCUAAAGGCUGUGGUACUGGGGAAAGCUCACUUGCUGCUGACAUGUGCCAUAGGAGUCAGAAAAAUAUCUGAAGGGGAGGUUCAAAGUAACCUUGCGGAUUUCCCAGCUUUUGGCUUCUCCCUACCAAGUGUGGCCCAGGAUGCCACAAAAACAUGUCUCCUCUAAGGAGGGAAAAUAAAAGAGGAAAGACUCUGGGGGUCCAGUGCACCAGGCUGGAUCUGUUUAGUGGAUCCUUGGAAAGAGUUUGUUGAGUAGAGAAGUACAUUCAAAAUAGGUAGUAAAUCCAGGAAAACAACUUUACAAUGACAGGAGUCUGCCAUCUGACUUCCUGUUGGGCUCAGGGAGGUUGAAGCAACACUGUGAAAUUUUCAGAGGGACUAUUUUCAGAGACUUGGACAGGAUUUUGUUCAUGGCAGGCAGAUAUUUAUUUUGAACAGUCUCCAUAUAGCAUGAGGAUUGAACUCACUACUCCCAGGAUGACUGUUCUCAGGAAAGUGAAGAACAAUUUUCUCCAAUUGUGUUUCUUACUAUAAGGGUAAAACACCCGGUUACAAAAUGUCAAGUGUUUUUAGUGAUAUACAGAUUAUUCAUUUUGGUGUUCUUUUGAGGAAAAUCAUAACACGAAGCAAGUGCACCUGUAGGGUUGUGUUUUGUGUUACUUUAAAAAACAAAGAUCACAUUUAUUUAAUACUGGAAGAAGGAACAUAUUUGGACUGGGAUUCCCCAGGUCUCGUGACUAAAAAAAGAGCAAAUUAUGCUUGGAAAGACAGCAUCUCUUUGGUGCACAAGUAUAUUAAAGGCCACCUAGCUUAAAAUUGUUCCCUUAAAAUAUUCAAUUUUUCAUGCUGACUUGCAUGCUAACAGUGCUUUAUUGGGGCGGGGGUUGGGGGAAUUCACUGAGUUUAUGUUGGCCUGAUGUAGAAAUUAAUAAUGUAUUUUGCACCAUUAGAACUGGAUAAAUACAAGUUAGGUUUUCCUGCCAUAAGGGCUUUUGGCAGGUUACCAGGUAUUUUUGCUUACUUUAAUCUCACAACCCUGUGAGAUAGGUUAAUAGCCCUUCUAGUGAGUUUGAUUAAGAUGUAGGAUUAAAAGCUAACCACUUGCAAUUAAGUUGGUGGUUGUGGUGGGUGGUGGGAUUUAAAAAAUAUAUAUAAUACAAGAGUAAAAACAUUUGUAUUUUCUGUUGUUGGCGGAAUGAAGACACAUCUGGUGCCAAAAGGUGCUGUAGUAGAGGCUUUGUACAAGGAUAAUCUUUCAGGGAGUUGGACAGUGGCAUUGUAGAACAGUUACUUCCAGUGAUAAUGCAUGUUCAUUUUUCCUGUUCCAUUAUGGGCUCUUGUCAAACUGGUUUUGUAGGCUUUUUUGCUUCAAGCAAUAAUUCUCACGGUAUUCUUACAGAGGCAUGACUAGCACCUGCUGCAAUACCCAUCUACAUUCUAGCGCGACUGUUGCGGGAACACAUUGGAUGACAACCAUGAAAAGUCAUUCUUUCUUGGCACUGUUAGAACUGGUUUUUGAGCUUAAAAAAAAAAAGACAGCUUAAUAUAUAUUUGGGGCAGGGACAGAGUAAGAGAGAGCCAUCCAGAUAAUAUCCCACCGUUCAGAAAAGUCUUCCUUAGGUGAGAAUUUGUCUGGAUCACAGACAGCUUCUAGUCUAAUCUAGUCAACUUCAUCACUCAACUGAAUUGUAUGAGACUAGGGGAAGCAGUUGCAUAGUAAGUAAAUGGAACAGGCUUCCCCCACCCAAAGGUAGGCUCCUUAACACACUUAAUGCCUUUACCAAGUGUCCAGAAUUAAGUGGGACGUCACCCACCCACCUCUCGUGCUCCAGAAAUACGUUUACACAGCUGCACAUCUUUUCUUAAAGUCCUGUUUUUAAAAAAAUGCUUUUACAGAUUGAGCUGUGGUUACUCAUACAGAAUACUGGGCUGUUUAACCUUAAGUACUGUAGUUCUUAAUUACAUGUAUGACAAUGCCUUACAUAGACCCAAAUUUAGUAUAAUUAUUCAUACUUUUAUAUUGAGGACAGAUCCUCUCAACUACCUGUGUGACAAAACAGUCUGAAUUGGUUACUCAACCGAAGUUGAAUUAUCUUUAUUGCUACUAUGCAGCACAUUUGGGUGGUUUAUAUUCAGGUACAUAACUGGUUUGUGAUCAGUGAUGUAUCAUGAGCCCUAUUUGAAUAGAAAAAUUGAGGGCUGGGAGACCAGUUGGCUGUUGUAGUACAGGUUUCUGUUCUGUCAGUAUUGUGUACACUCUUCAUUCUGCAAAUAAAGACAUUCUGCAAACUAAAAGUAUAUUAUUCAGGUCUAAUGAACUUGGUCUCUUGCCCCCCCACCCCCCCAUCUAGGACAAGCUUGCCUUCUCCAAUGUUUUCCAGAAAUGAUUUCAGCAUUUGGAGCAUCUUAAGAAAGUGCAUUGGAAUGGUAGGUGAAGCAUUGCUUUGAAUAAAAAGCUUAAUCAUAGUCUUUAUAGUAAAUGUGUAGUAAUAGAUUAUUGAUCCCUCCCCCCCCCAACCUGACUUUUGAAUAAGAGAAUUAAGGACUGACUGAUGUAUGCAUGCAUUUCGGAAGUAAAUGGGUGUGUGUCUUAUAUAAAAUCAAAUGUCACAAAAGUGUGGCAAGCUUUUAUCAGCCGCAGCCAGCAUGAGCAAUGGUCAGGGAUGAUGCGAGUUCUUGUCCAAAACAUCUGGAAGAAGUUAAGUUGGGGGAAUCAAUUCUGGUUUGUAGCCUGCAGGUAAAGCUUGUUAGGUUUUUUUAUUUCUUAUACAGUGCCUGUUAGGCACUUCAUAAAUUAAUGCUGCAAUUAAUAAUUAAUAUUGUAAUUAAUAAUUAACAAUAAAAUAAUUACAGCUUAAUUAAUACUGGCCCUUUUGCAUUAAUGCCUUCUAAGUGUUAUUUCAGCUCACUGUAAAAUAAUCAGCCUUCUUUCAACUCUUUUCAUGAUUUGUGUUUUAGUAAUAUUCUCAAGCUUAGGGUGGUCCUUUCCCUUGCCCAUUUUAUCAUCACAACCACCCUGUGAUGUAGAUUAGAGUGAGUGAGGGACUAGGAAUUGUUUUGUGAGUUUCAUGGCUUAGUGGAAACCAGGUUUGAAACCAGGUUUCCCUGGUACAACUUCAGUACUCUACUCGUUGCAUGCUGUACGGGCUGCUGUUUAAAAGGGCGGCAGUGUUCCUGCCCCCCCCAUUCCUUUCAUAUCACCCUCUACCUUCCCCAAUAUGUACCAGCUGUAUUUUAUGAUAAGACAUAUACCAGUCUUAAUGUUGGCAAUGUACAGUAGUAUAUGUAAACAUUUUUAAUAAAUGCUUUUAACACUCUGCUAGGAGCUGUCGAAGAUCACUAUGCCAGUAAUUUUUAACGAGCCACUGAGUUUCCUACAGCGACUGACAGAAUAUAUGGAGCAUACAUACUUAAUUCAUAAGGCCAGUUCACUUUUGGACCCGGUUGAAAGAAUGCAGGUACUCUACUCAAAAUAAAUGCAUCUGGUGUUCUCUGAAUGUUGCGUACUGUUUCAUGCAGGUAGAUAAAGAGAGCUGCUUAUUAUUACAACAUCUGAAACACUGUUGUGCACAUUGGUGUGCAUGAAAUAAAAGUAAUUUUGUCUCCAGCUAUUGAAUAUCAGAGAUGUUAGGUUGGCAUUAAGCAGUACUGCUUAACUCUAUUUUUAAAAUGGUGGUUGUAAUUGACUUUUUUCUCGUUACAUUGUUUUCAUGCUACUUAACUACUUGAAUGCUUACCUCUUUAUGAGAGUUAGUGCUUUAAAAAAACCCACACACAAAAUAAUUGGUAAGAUUUCUGCUUUAAACAAACGUAAAUAUGAGUGCAAAUUGCUUUUUCAACAGUGUGUAGCUGCCUUUGCUGUCUCAGCUGUUGCCUCUCAGUGGGAACGUACAGGAAAGCCAUUCAACCCAUUACUUGGAGAGACGUAUGAACUGAUCAGGUAACAAACUCACAGUGCAGUUUAACUGGCUGGCUCAUUGAGAAUUGAAAGUUAAUGUCAGAUAUUUAAGAUUUUGUUCAUUGAUUCUUUUUUAAUGUACAAAGCUGAUGUGGCAAUGCCUCAUUUUAUCCCCUUUUGUAGAGAAACUGCAAAUAACUCAACUGUCACUUUCUUUCCAUGUUUAGAGAGGACCUUGGAUUCAGACUCAUCUCGGAGCAAGUUAGUCAUCACCCACCAAUCAGUGCUUUUUAUGCUGAAGGACUGAGCAAUGACUUUGUGUUUCAUGGUUCUAUUUAUCCUAAACUAAAGUUCUGGGGAAAGAGUGUUGAAGCAGAACCCAAAGGGAUAAUAACUUUGAAACUUCUUGAGUAAGUUGAUGUAUUUGAUACCUUUUGGCUGCCUUAGGCAAAAAGCAAGUGGCAUGUAAACCACAGUGUUGUAUAAUGUAUACUGGGAGUUCCCAAACUGUGGUCGUUCAGGUGGUCUGUGUUGUGUUGGUGAACUUGGGAGACAGCAUACCCAUCAUGUUAAAUGCUGAUUUUUAACUGCAUUUGCAUUGUUUUUUUAAAUUUCCUGUAUAUUGUAUUUGAUUGUAUUACAAUUUAAAUGCUAUAGAUUACAAUCAAAUACAAUAUACAGGAAAUAAAAAAACCAAUGCAAAUACAAUUAGAAAAUUAUACGGCAUCUUUACUAAAGCAUUACAAUUGCUAAGACAGAUGGAAAAAUCAUCAAGUGCUCAGCCAAGCUGCUCACCAAUUUUCAAGUGGUUUGUGGGGGGAAAAAACAUUUGGGGAGCUACUGUUCUAUCCUUAAAUCUGAACACUCCCUCCCCAUUUGUAGAGAUGAAACCAAUCAGGCAUGGUACAUAAGUAAAAGGAAGGAAGGCAAACUGCACAGGUCUGGCUGUCAGAGCUUUGAGAACCAGAGGAUGGGUGUGCCCAUCUGAUAAGGGCAGAGAUCUUUCCUUGUCAAAGUUCAGGUGGACUGAUCUACAUCUAAGUAUAGUACAGUGGUACCUCGGGUUAAGUACUUAAUUCGUUCCGGAGGUCUGUACUUAACCUGAAACUGUUCUUAACUUGAAGCACCACUUUAGCUAAUGGGGCCUCCCGCUGCUGCCGUGCCGCUGGAGCACGAUUUCUGUUCUCAUCCUGAAGCAAAGUUCUUAACCUGAAGCAAUAUUUCUGGGUUAGCAGAGUCUGUAACCUGAAGCAUAUGUAACCCGAGGUACGACUGUAUUUGACUGAGUUUAAGCAAGGUCAGCUGCUGAAGUCCCUGUCUUUGAAACCUGUGCAGAAGAGUUGGCUAUUCUGGGAUUGUCUUAAAUGUGUUUGAGAGAUUCCCAAGUAAAUCUAGGAUAGGAGACUUUCAUGGUGCAUGCCUGAAACCUAGAUUCAUCUGGCCAGAUGGGGAGAGAGUUAAGGCAGGACUGACUGGCCAAGAUUUGCUAAAGCCUACAAAAUUGUGAGAGCGAAAAGUAAUCAUCAACUUACGCUUCCUUGCACCAUGAAAGAUUUUGACCUAAAGGCAUGUUCUGAUGACUUUUGUUUUGUGAAUCUAAGAGCUUAUUCUCUUUGCUCCCUUUCAGACAUAAUGAAGCAUACACAUGGACAAAUCCUACAUGCUGUGUGCAUAACAUUAUUGUGGGCAAGCUUUGGAUUGAGCAGUAUGGGAAUAUGGAAAUAACCAAUCACAAGUAAGCUGGAAGUCUUAACUUGCUACUUAGCUUGAAAGUGUGGCAUGCUCAUACUGUAUCAGAUAUAAAAUGCACUCUUAAUUCCGAUGCAUAAGAAAACAUUAAAAGCAUAAUCAGUGUUGUCAGGCAACAUGAAUAGCACUGCUCUGCAUCACUUAGAUCCAAAAUGUUCCUGGAGAGAGAGUGUGUCAGGGAAUAUUAUGUUACUCUUGCAGUGGUCAGAGAUCCAAUGUAUUUAAUUUAUAUUAGGUCAGGGCUACUUUUUUCCUUUAACGCUUUCAAAGUAUCUCCUUAGUAGUAAAGCUCAUAAACCCAAGGCAGAUAUAGUACAUAUAUUAUGCUGAACGCUACAGGAGCUAGAGCUUGCAUGCUUGAAGUACUUUAAAUGGCUAAGCCGGUAUUUGAUGUGAAAGUGUAAAUUAUGAGAAGGCGUAGAGUUAAACUUAAUUUUCUGCCCCCACAGAACUGGUGAAAAAUGCAUGUUAAACUUCAAGCCCUGUGGCCUUUUUGGGAAGGAGUUGCACAAAGUGGAAGGUUACAUUCAGGAUAAAAGGUAAGCAAGCCUCUCUGCUUAUAUUUCUAAAGCAGAUAGCAGAUCAUUCAUUUUUAUUUUUUACAAAAAUGCUGAAAUGCUGUUGGCCUAAAUUAUGUUGCAUAACGAGGGUUGAGAAGCCUCAGGCCCCAGGGGGCAGAUCUGGCCCUCCAGGCUACCUCUCUUGUCCUCAGGCGUUUGUUCAGGUCACCCCCCUCACUGGCCCUGCUCCCAUUUCCUUGAGUGCUUUGGGCUGGCUAGAAUGUGGUCUUAACUGCGAUAAAGCCCCUUGCUUGCCUGGAUGGAGAGAGACUUGUGUAUGAACCUCUGGCUUCUGCAUGAUUAGAACGCAGCCCACUGUACAAAGGCAAGAGUCACAUUCUUUGUGUUUCCUUCUUUUGUCUCUGUCCCUGCUCACCAGUGGCAUGCAAUUUUGUGAGAGAAAAAUGCUUCCUUUGGGUCUGAAAAAUGUCCCCUACACCUGACUUAGAUGCUCAUUAGCUUCUGUGAGUUGAGCAUUUACUGUCUUAACUUCUGUUUAGAGCCGUAGUCUUCAUUCAGCCUUUUCAGACCAGGGACCCACCUUUAAAAUGAAAACAUACACUGAGGACCCAUGUCUUAAUUUUCUACCUUCUGUUUCUAUGGUGGUAGACCUGCUGUUGCAACCCAUCUUUGGUCAUGCUGUGACCCAGUAUUGAGUCCCAAGCAACCAAUUGGAAGACCAGUGGUUUAAAGUGUGAACCUGAAUAUUAUAAUUAGUCAGUACUUCAGCUGUUCCUUAAUUUGUUUGUUUUGUGGGGGGCUCUUUGACAGCAAAAAGAAACUUUGUGCACUCUAUGGAAAAUGGACUGAGUGUUUGUAUAGCGUUGAUCUUGCAACAUUUGAAGCUUACAAAAAGAAUGACAAGAAGAACACAGAAGAGAAGAAAAACAACAAGCAGGUAUUGAUAUUAAAACGUAACUUGGUAACAGUGAUGUGUGUUUAAAACUAACAGCAGUAAAAAUGUCCUCAGCUAAAAAUACCUGAUGGUAUUGUGCAUGAUUUGAAAGGAUUUAUGCAGCCAUCCUGUUCCUCAGUGCUUUAAAAAUCCUGAAAACGGUUUUUCUUCUCCUUUGGACUUUGCAUGCCUAGUUCACAAUGUGACCCAGUUUGGACAAUCUUGCAGAAAUCCAUAUACCAUGGUUUAUAAAAUGAGGAAAGCACACUGGGCCCAAAGCACACUUCUUUCACUGCCCUCGCCUCUCACUCAGCUUUGGCACACAUUGGCUUGUAUUAAGCUAAGGGUUCCUGUUAUGUCAAAGCAGAAGGAACUCUGGCUUACCCUUGGUUAACAAGCCAGGAAAAUAAGCUAGGUUACAUCCCAAUGUACUGUUCUAGUUUACCAAUAUUAAGCUAGAGUUCCCUGCUUCAUAUGCAACAAAGAACUCUGGUUCCCUCACUGCGAGGUGAGGUUACAGGGGAACCAGGCAGAGGGCCUUCUUGGUAGUGGCGCCCAUCCUGUGGAACACCCUCCCAUCAAUGUCAACGACAUAAACAACUAUCUGAUUUUUAGAAGACAUCUGAAGGCAGCCCUGUUUAGGGAAGUUUUUAAUGUUCGAAGUUUUAUUCUGUUUUUAGUCCUCUGUUGGGAGCCGUCCAGAAUGGCUGAGGAAAACCAGCCAGAUGGGCAGGGCAUAAAUAAAAUUAUUAUUAUUAUUAUUAUUAUUAUUAUUAUUAUAUCAGAAUCUUUACAGUAAACACCUUUAGGGGAGGUGUUUUCAGGUCUGACAUAUGUUCCUGGCAUCAUAACCUAUGGUGGAUUAAACUUUGAUUAAUGGUCCAAAGCAAGCCUAUUUCUUGUUUUUAUGGAGAUGGCAGCAUCUUGUAGUCCUGUAAUUAUAGAGGUAUAUAAAAAAUGCUUUCAAUAGACAAAAGCUCUUUAAACUUCAUCACAUUUGUGAUGUUGUAUCCUGUCCUUGGAUUGAUUUUUGCAGACAACAUCAAAUUGCGAGAGAGGCAGGCUGCCAUGAAAAGUUUGUGGGAUUCUCUCUCUUUUUGUAAGGGGUGUGUGUGUGUGGCUUUGUACACACAAUUGCAAAUUGUGGCACCUGCUCUUGGGUUGAUCAGCCCCAUGGAAGAAGCUCAUACCUUUUUAAAGACCUUCAAAUUAUUCAAGCUGAAAAUAAUCUAAUUUUUACUCACCAAAACACAGGGGUUGUUGCAACUAAAGUUGGGAGACAUUUUAGCACAUGUUUAAUUUUGGUUGGCUCUUUCCCUUAGUUUGUGUGUGUGAGAUACCAAUUCUGGUACACGCUUAAUUUUUAUAAUUUCAGAAUGCUCCAGUAGUGAUUCACAUGAAUUGCUACCUGUAACGCAGCUUACUUCGCUUAUUAUCAGGAGUAUGGAAAGGCUCUAGAGAUCUACUGCAGUCUUUGAGAGGCAGCCCUGUGAAGGGCCCAGGAGGACAGGAAGAGCAAACAAGAAAAACAUACCAUUCGUAUAUGAGUCUUGUGUUACUAGCAAACUCUGGUUAUGCAGAAGAUGGCUGCUGCUGUGGUGCAAAAUGCUUAAAUAUAUGGAGCCUUGCUUUGGCUUGUAGAUACGUGGAAUUUACAAGGAAGAUGGAAUUGGAUAAUAGCAGAUUUAUUAAUGGCAAGGAUUUGAAGCUGAGAUACUUCCAAGUCCCUUCUAGAAAGUUCUGGCUUCACAUGCUCAAAAGGAGAAUUGAAUAGCUUGGGCCACAAUCAGUAUCUCACACUAAGAUCCAAUAAAGCUGGCGCAAAAGACAUAGAGCAGUAAAGAAGGUUUAAAAAACCAAUUAAGGAACAGGAAAGGGAAGAGACAUGCAUGGUUGAUGGGGAGAAAAAGAAAACAACAAAACAGAGCUUUGCCCCUGGCAAUUUCUUCCUUUUAACAAUCUAUGGUUUUGUAAAUUUGCAUACACUCAAACAUAAAAGAUGUAGACAGUUAUUUUGUUUCCCCCAGGCAGUCUGCACAUUUAUUUCCCCUGCCCCCAAUUGCAUAUGAACUGGAAUUUUUUAAAAUAAAAAAACACACCAAGGAAUUGACUUGAUCAGAUCAAAGGUUUGUCUCGGGGUGUGUGUGGGGAGCCUGCUGUCCUCCAUACGUUGUUGGAUUCGAUUCCCAUCAGUCAGAGCCAGAAUGACCAGUGGUCCGAGAUGAUGGGAAUUGUAGUCCAGCAACUUUUGGAGGGUCAGAGGUUACCCUCUUGUCCAGCUUUCUGUUGCUAACCGUCAGCAAAACGUUCGCAAGUGGGGCAGGUCAAGAGAUAAUUCAGUCGUAUAUCCAUAGUACCUAUACCAUUAAUAUUUGCCCCUGUCAUUUACAUGAUUGGUUGGUUAUCACACCACUGGGACUAUGGGUGUAGUUGGAAAGCACAUGAAGCGUUAACUUAUUUAAGCAGGUCUUGUUGAUGCCUGGAUGGUACGACCACCUGGGGAGCAUUUUGGGAAAUCAUCACUAUUUAACGGAGGACUAGGCAUCAGUUUUGGGAUGAAGGACCACAUUACCUUGGGGGCUAGUGAGGGGCUGCAUAAUGGGGCAAUGGACUGACCAAAGCAAUAAGUUGAUAGGAUACAUGUUUUCUCUCUCCUCUCAAGCUUGUGGUGUUGCGCCGUAGGAGGUGGCCCACAGAUGGCUCACUUGUGCGUUAAUGGGGCUGAAAAGUAUCCACAUGAACCUUUUGACAGCAUUCAUCUUAGUGUAGCAUUCUGUAUGCAGGCUGGUUUUGCUGCAUUUUUCAAGAUCCUAAAAUAAAAACUGGGUUAUUCCGAAUCUAGCAUGUGUUUCUAGAACACCUUUUCAUUGAAGCAUACGUUUUCUAAUGCAGGCUUGUAUAUAAGGCCAGGUAUCUUACUAGCCUGUGGAGAGGAAAUGUGAUUCUGCUAAGCUGCUUAUUAGGCAGAUCAGUAAGAAACAAAGCCUUCUCUCCAUUCCUCCUUCACCAGCCAACUUGGUUUUGUGCUGGCUGCAGAGGGCAGAGCACACCGCCUUCUCCAUCCAGCACAGAAAGAAAGUGGGCAAGCAGAGUAGGGGACACAUCGCUCCAUCCCUCAUCUGCCAUCUUACUCACCUGCUGACAUGGAAUUCCUUAUUGCCUAUGAAUGUUCCAGGGUGGUCCAAACAAGUGACAUGUCUGAGAAUGAUCCCUCCCUCCCUCCCUCCCUCUCCUGUGCAGAGUAUUUGGGAAUUAUUAAAUGUUAACUCCUAUGUUGUCCAGAAUGGUCUCCACUUUGACCAUGUAUCUGUAAAUACCUUCGUUUGUUUUUUGAAAGGUUGGGGAGUAUAUAUAAAAUAUAAUACAUAUAUUCCAUCUGUGCCUAAUCCUGCUGCCUCUUUUAACUACUAGAGCUAGUUUGCAGGUUCUUGUUUUUCAUUUUACUUUCUUCUUAUAGAUGGGCAGUUCUGAUGAACCAGAUGAGAUGCCCUUGCCAGAUUGUGAAAGUGUGUGUGUUAUACCUGGAAGUGUGUUGUUAUGGAGGAUAGCCCCAAGGCCUUCUAACUCAACACAGGUGAGGAACCUUGACCAAGACUCUGCAUUUUGUCAGUGUGUUGCUCUGUCUCAUGCACAUGUGCUGCAUGGAUUUGCAUUUCUUUGUAUAUGUAAGAAUGAGGUCUAUCUCAUGUUGCCUGGGUUAAAGGGUGUGUAGGUGAAGGGAGGAGAGAAUAUGGAUAACCUUACACCAGCUCGUGCCUCCAUUUCAGGAAAAACAAAAUUCAAGUUACAAGUAGGUGUCUGGCAGUUAAAUUUGAUCCUCUUGCUGUACCUUCCUCAACCUCUUAGCACCUCCAUUACUGUGUGUAACAUUUGUAAAAGACAGGAUUAUCCUUAUUAGUGUAGAAUUUUUUUGAUAAAACACUUAAGGUUUAGUUAGCCUUUUCUCUUUCCAUAGCAAACAUGAGCAAGGCUACCUGCUUCCUACCUAGACACAAGGCGAGAUCCAGUGCUCCUGUUUCACUAGCACAAGGGAUGUGUAUUAGUAGUAUAGUUUUGUUCUUAAAACAAAAUUUAGGAUUUCUACUGUUAGUUUAAUAAUUUUUUGAGUAUUAGGAUCCUCCCUGAGAGCUUUUAUGGCAGAAUAUAAACUUUAGACUCUUGCUUCCUCGACACAUAUACUGCAGCACAUGUCAGAAUAUAUAUUGUAUACUUGGAUUUGUGGCAUACUUGUCUGCCUCUUUUUUUGUUCUUUAGACCCAAUUAGAAUUCUAUCUAUUUAACAUGGAGAGUUGGAUAUCAAUUAGUUUCAAGUAAUCCCUACCCCUAUUAUUUAUAUACCAUUAAAUUCUCAGUAUUUAACACUAGUAAAUGUUUGCAAUCACAUUGGAGCCAAUACUCCCCAUAAUCAUCUUGUGGUGAUCUGAGUUCUGAAAUAUUCCCUUGCCUGUUGUUCCAAUUGAUGAGCUUGCUGCAAAUAAAACAAACCUGUCCUUCAUCGUGCAGCUUAACACUUUCUGUUAUGUUGACAUUGAUCCUUUUCCAUUGAUCCCAUUCCAGUUCUUGAAGUCUUCUAGUUCGUCCUGCACAAAAUCCCAGCCGUUUUCUGUUUGAAAGGCUACUUAGAUAAUUUGAUGAUAACUGUUCAUUCCAUGAACAUACUCCUUUCCCCAAGGUCACUGUAAUGAAAACAUUGAAUAAAAGGCCCCAAGACUGAUCCCUUGAGAAACUCAGUUGGAUACUUCCUCUGAGAAUGUAUAAGCCUAUUAACAGCUGGUACUUGCUCAUAAAAAUAAAAGAACAUUCAAAAAGCUCUUUGUUGUUUUUCAGAUGUACAACUUCACUACUUUUGCUAUGGCUUUGAAUGAAUUGGAUGAAGAAAUGGAAAGUGUUAUUCCUAAAACGGACUGCAGGCUAAGGCCAGAUAUAAGAGCUAUGGAAAAUGGUGACAUAGGUAAUUUAAAGGGCUAGCUGAAUUUUUUUAUUUUUUAAAAAAAUCUAUAUCCAAAUGCUUCAUUUUAUAGGACAUACUUUUCAUGUAUAGGUUUGUUUUAGCAAUCAAAUUUUACAGAGUCCCUUGCAAAGGAAUGCCUGUUAGUGAUAUAAAUAGUAAUCUGAUGCUAACUUUUUGUUUUAAGAAUAUUUACAUCUGACAUUCCUCUGCUACAGCUAGCAAGGCAGCUCCUUCUCGUGCAAUGGUUCUCAGUUUUGUCAUUGAUUUUAUAUAAAUGAAAAUUUAUGCCUUCUGAAUAUGAGUUUCAGCUUGUCCUUUCUCAGUGUCAACUUUUAUCAGGAGAUGGUUUCUGAUUUUGUAGCAAUACCAUCAAAAUUACUCAGACUUUACUUUACACAAAUGCAAACUCAUGAUAUAUUAACAAAUUUCAGUUGAUUUCCAAUGUACAUUUACAGAAGCAAAAAAUAUGUGAAAAUGCUGCAACGUCAGGGUUGUAUCCAACACUAUCACUGCGCAUAACACUAUCGCUUUGCUUGAGAGCCAGUGUGGUGUAGUGGUUAAGAGCGGUGGAAUCGUAAUCUAGUGAACUGAGUUCGCGUCUCCGCUCCUCCACAUGUAGCUGCUGGGCUAGUCACACUUCUUUGAAGUCUCUCAGCCCCACUCACCUCACAGAGUGUUUGUUGUGGGGGAAGAAGGGAAAGGAGAAUGUUAGCCGCUUUGAGACUCCUUUGGGUAGUGAUAAAGCGGGAUAUCAAAUCCAAACUCUUCUUCUUCUUCCCAUAACAUGACUGCAAAUCCCCUGUGGCAGCCUUUUGUACACCCUCAAAAUCUGCUCCAGGGGGUUGGGGGGGGGAUACACCUUCUGAAACAGAGUUGGAAGGCAUGAGAGGUGCUAUAGGUGGGGAUAAGAGGAAGGUGAAGUCCUGUUGCAUAUAAGACUUUUGCUCAUGCCCUUAGUUAAUCUACCUUACUUGUCUGUUAUCUUACAUCAUUUCUUGGUUACUCCCAUUAUAUGGGAGUAUGGGAAAUAAACAGUGAAGCUGGUGUUUGAAUGAUCUACCAGUUCACACCACUGCACAAAAAUCUCAAGAUUCUAGUUGUGCCAACCAAAACGGCAUUAAAAUUCUACUCCAGUCACUGACAUAGCACUAUUCCAGCUAUUGGGAGUAUUCUUCCGUAUGUUUCAGUUGGAUCCAGCCUUUUCUCUGUCUGUCUCUUGGUAGAUGUAGCAAGUGAAGAAAAGAAGAGGCUUGAAGAAAAACAAAGAGCUGCUCGUAAAAACAGGUCAAAGUCAGAGGAAGACUGGAAGACAAGGUCAGUAAACUGGGGGCUAAAGCACUUGAUUUAAUAGUUUACAAAUGUUUUUUCUAACUCUCUUUUCAAAUGUCUGCAUACUUGGGAGUGCCUGGCAAUACUACACAUGUCCACUGCUUAUGUGCUGCAGUACUUUGCCAUUUCAAAUUGCUCAUAGUCUGAAAACUCACUGCACCAUCAUUUUCAAAAGAGGCCUUAUAUUUUACAACAGUGAUUUAACUACUUACUUCUGCUCAUUUCAGUCAUUGCUCACUAGAUUUUUUGCUCGUAUUAAAGCUUUCAAAAGCGCUUAGGUUUAGCAGUCGCCCCUUGUAUUUCAGAAGUGGAAUUAGACUUAUGAGUGAGGUAAACAAAUUAUUUCCAGUAGAGCCACAUUGGAGUCUGUGAAAAUCCCUAGCAUUUUUAGGCCAGCAGUGGGGACUCAGAAUUAAUUUGUAGCUAGUCCUAGGGGAAUUUAGAAAGAAGGGUACUUUUGACCUCCUGUGUCUCUCCAGCAGUGUUUGAUUGAAAACAGUAAUGGUAGGCAGACUUGGAAACUCUCCCGUUGAAUACUCUGUUGUAACCCAAGCAAGUUAAAUGAUUCUGGGACAGGAGUGGGAUUACAAUUGCGAAGUAGUCUGAUGGAAUAGAAUUUUGGUACAAUUCUGUCUUGAAAUUUAAAAUUUGGAAUUCAUAUCCAAUAAAUGCAACGAGUCUGCAUUUUGAACUUGUGAAGUAGCUUCAAGCUCAGAGUGGGUUUGUGUUUUUUGUGCAAUUUUUAAGACUCAGCACUAAUCUAUAUGCUUUUCCACUUGAGUCUCCAAUAGAUGCAUACCUCGAGCAGACACAGUACACAUGUAAUACUUCCACCCAUAUUCCAUGAAAACAUGAGGUCUGCAUUCCCUCAUUGUAAAAGACAUGCAUUGCCUAUGAACAUGCAUGCAUCUGUGUGAACAUACAUACAUACAUGGACAGCCUAGUGCUAAGGUUUUUUUUAUAAUCCUUGCAAUUUAAGUUGGUUUUGAAAUGUGUCUCAGGGAAUGUUGAAUGAUAGGGCUGCAAAGCUACCUUGUGAAAUGCAGCCUACACUCCCAUUCUUAAAAAGGCAUUUAAACCACAACUUCUGAUUGUAAAAACAUAUUGAACUUGAUUAUUGUGUUUGUAAAGUACAUGCAACAUUAUACCAACUUGAAGGAAGCAGGCACUCUUGUAUACACAGUCCAAACAAGGUGAUUUUGGUGCUAAAUACAGAAUACAGCAAUAUGUCAAAUAGACUGUUUCUUUGCCAUAUUUAAUACUCCUUGCGUGUUUCUUUCAUAAUGGUAGAAAAUACUGAGUGUACAGCACAUUAAUUCACAUACCUUUGUUGUGGGUAUGUUCACAAAUAACAAUGGUUGUGAAGCCAUUUCAGUCCCCCAAAAUAGGACUUUAAAAUACCUUUUAUUAUUAUUAUUUGCCAGUAUGCAACACUUUCUAAAACUGGAGAAAUGACUCCAAAGAAAAAUUUUGAACUGUUGUUCUUUUUAUUAGGUUUCAUUUGAAAUUUUGGCCACUUACACCUCACAUUCUGGUCCUUUUACACAGAUGUUAUACUGAUAGGACAGAUAGUGUCAAUAUUAAAAAGUGAUACAAUUUUGUGCUUUAUAAUGGUAGAACACCAAAGUAAUCAUGUAUUAAAUAUUCAGUUGCUCCAGUGGCUGUAUUUAAAAAAAAAAAAAGUUCAGCCAGAAAUCUCAUAAUUGGGAGAUUUAAAUACUGCUAAGUAGGGAUGAAAACACAUCAAAACACUUCAAUACAAGUUCAUCUAGUUGCAUUGGAAACUCCAGGAUGAAAAAAGUUUUCCUAAAAGAAGAAAGUGCUUUAGAUAUCAGGCAGGCUAAGAGGCUCAAUAGCCCAAAUUAUGAAAACAUUCAACUCUUGGUUCAAAUUCAUGUCCAUAUUUAAAAUCAGUUUAAUUGUUUUAGGUACCGUUGCUGUUUCUUCAGUAUAAUUACAUUCAGCAGGAUGUUUCAGUUGCUUUGCAAACAGGUCAAUGAACCCAAAUAACCCUGGACUAUUGUCCAAAGAAUGUGAUGGGAUGAAUUGCUUCUGAAACAAAACAGCUGAAGUUACGAGUGACAAACGUUUCUGGCUUGUAAAAAUAAAUUGUGAAAUUGCAUGUUUAAUGCAAGAUAAGGGCAAGAUUUUGCAAUACGAGCUGCUUUAAAGCACAUCAGUAGUCAGUGUGGGAAACAAGGCCUGCCACAUGGCAAAGUACUAAUUUUCUAAAUGUGUCAAACUACCUCCCAGACCUUACCUUUCUCACAAAAGGCAACAACAGGGUCUUCCAGCCUCUGAAUAGAGCAGUGCAUCAAUCAUAUCUGUUUCAGAAAUGCAAACUUUCUACUGCAUUGGUCAGUGCGUAGUAAAAAUCAGAAUUGGGACAAGCAAGUCUUUUUAAAAAAAUCAGUGGGUAGCUAGGACAAUGAUACAUUGUUGAUUUUAAUGGGACAUGAAUGCUUGACUGUGUUCUGGGCUACUUUUAUUAACCCUGGUAAAGAGCCAAGUGCGUUGAUGUGAACAGGGACAGAAUGGAUUUCCAGUGGAAGUGUUUUUCCCCGUUGCUGGGAUUAUUCCUUUUCCUUGCCCCACUCUACAUUUUUAGCAGGGAGAUUGUGAGGUUGUUUUUUAAAAAUAAAAACAAAAACAAUAAAUGCCCUUUUAGAAUUCCAGUCCUAUGUUUUAACUGUGAACAGAGAAUGUGAACAGAGUGAAUGGUGGACCGUGACUCCUGUAUAUUAUACUAUUAACGCAGUGAACUCCUUGUAGAGACAGACGGAUAACAUGCUGUAUUAUGCUUUACUUUGAAUUAUGCAUUUAUUUCUACAGAAGUUGUAUUUUUACAUGGAAUUGCUCAGUGCUCCUAAAUGCCUACCAUAUGUUACAAACAUUAUGCAGAGAAUUGCUAGAAAUUGCACCCCGUGUGAUAACUUGCCAUAAUGCUGGGUAUCAUAGUACUCUGGUGAAAACUAUUGUGUGCAGUGCAGAUUCUUCUGGGGGGCGUCUUGCUGUGGUUUGAAAAUUCCCACCCAGGUUGGGGCUGACUCCGCACUGGAGUUGGAGCCCAAUCUAUGGAGGGCAGCAGACUGGGAAAGGCUCUGCUGCAACCACAGAAAGUCAGAUGCCCUUGGUCCCUCCUGCAAGGUACUUCCAGUAUGAGCUUUUCAGGGGGAAGGGGGAGCAUGCACACUUCCUCAUGCUGGUUUUGAGUCCCAGGAACGUAGUUUAAGGAAACAGAAUGAGAAACUGACACUUUCCUCCAAGCUCAGCUGCCAGUUUGAAUAUUCAUCAUCAGGAACUUUUUCCCAGAUACUUUUUGUCCUGUUGCUGCCAGACAUGGUUUCUAUUUAGAAAUCAAGUACCGUAUUUUUUGCUCUAUAGGACGCACUUUUCCCCCUCCAAAAAUGAAGGGGAAAUGUUUGUGCGUCCUAUGGAGCGAAUGCAGGCUCCUUGGCUUCAGCAAAAGCAAUGCGAAGCCUCCAAAGCGCAGAGGGAGCGCUCCCUCUGCUCCAGAGGCUUCGCGUUGCUUUCUCUGAAGCCUGGAGAGCGAGAGGGGUCGGUGCGCACUGAACCCUCUCGCUCUCCAGGCUUCAGGGAUAGCAGCCUGAAGCUUUUGGAGUGCAGCGGGACCUCGCGCUGCGCUCCAAAGGCUUAGGGGUUAGCUGCGCAAAGCCUCUACAGGGCAGCGGGGUGAAGGCACCCCACUGCCCUGCGGAGGCUUGAAAGGCUGUCCCCGAAGCCAGAACAGCGAGACGGAGCACUGCGCAGCGUCUCACUGUUCUAGCUUGGGGAUGCCGGGGCUUUAUGGGGAAACCCCGGGCUUCCCCCUUCAGCCCCGACACUGAUUUGAUUCAGAAUAUUUUUUACUUGUUUUCCUCCUCUAAAAACUAGGUGCGUCCUUUGCUCGGGUGCGUCCUAUAGAGCGAAAAAUACGGUACCUCUAUACUGGGAAGAAACAAAGCUGUACGUUAGGAAUUAAAACUUUAGAAGCUUCUGAAAGUUUCCUCUGGCUCCAGACUUGGGAGUGUCAUUGUGUAUUCUUUGGUCAGAAGCUACUGAGCCGUCUGUGCAUAAUAGCUUUUACACAAACUUCCAAAUGUUGCCUUCAUAAAAAUACUUAUGCCAAGUAGGGGACAUGAGCUAGCUGCCAACAGGCACUAGACUCUACACUUUCCUUCAUGGUUUGCUCAUUCAAAUGUCUUAUAGUUGCUGUAAGUUGCAUUAUUUUUUGUCUCUUUUUAAAAGUCAGCCAGUGGCCCAGGGACCCAGGUUUGAUUUUUUUCUGAUACUUUUUUUGCUUGCUUUCCUAACAUGUUUGGCUUUGCAUUUUAAAGCUUGAAAUUGUUUCCAGUUCCUAUAAAUUAGUGAUACUCGAAAUAUGAAUUUGGUCCUCUUAUUAGAAUUCUGUCGGCUUUCCAACUUACCCAAAUUGACUAUUCUGAUUUUGGGUUUUUAUUUAUUUGGGGUGGGGUGUUAUUCUUAGCAGUUCUGGUAAACCUGAUGCUUAAUAUUUAAAUAGACCUUGAAUGUUAAUGUCCAGGGUUUCUUAAGAUGUACCUGGGAAGGAAAGGCAGAGGCAUAUAUUCUUUUCCAGUAUCAUAAUUUUUAAGAUUGUUUGGUAGUUUAAGGGUGAGUUUAUACCAUCAUGGAAAGAAUUUUAAUCUCCGUAUGAUGAUUCUCUCCUUACCUGUCAAUUCUUUUUAAUACAUCAAUUUGUCAAAUUUUGUGAAGUACAAUCAAAACCUAACUUUCAAAACAUGGAUAUGGGUUUGUCUAUACAGUAAUUCUUCACCAGAGGAGGGAUAAUAGUGUUAAAACUCACUGUCAACUUUUCUUCCCUGUAAAAAUGAUCAUAUAAACUCAGUUUGCACAAGGUGCGGUAGAAUAGUAAAUGUACCCAACAAUUUAUAUUGGAUUAUUUGCAGUAUGUAUGUAUGUACUCACUUCUGCCUAUUCCUAGCACCCUAACGCUUAUUGGACCAGUUUGGACAGUCUUUUCCAGCUUUAAGAAGUGUCCUGCCAUGCAACUCCCCUGAUGUGCAUUGCUUCAUUCUUGGCUUGUAUUAUGCCAGUCUCCCUUGUGUUCCAGCUGCAGAACUGUGCCUUAGUACAAGCCAGGAAUAAAUGGCAGGGCUAGCACACAAGGAGGUGGGAGGAGCACUUGGUCCCAGCACUUGUUCUUGGCUUCAUAAACUGGGGCUUAUGUAUUAUCUUUCUAUGCUAAACUGAGCCAUUGAUGAAGGACCAUUGCAAGAUGGCUAGAGUGUUGCAGCGACAGUGCUACCUACCUCCUGUCACCUUCUCAAAAAAAGCAGUGUCUGGUUUUGUUUUGUUUUUGUUUUGUUUUACCCUUUUCACAGCGAGAUAAGAAACUGAAGCUCACCUCUCUUUCCGGGGCUGUUUUGGGUGCUUGCUUCAAUUAAAUUUGCUGGUUGUUAAAUUUUGAAAGCUGGACUGAUAUGCAUGUAACUAACCUGCAAAAGGAGGACUAGCUUCCAGGAUCACAUAAUUAGCCAGUUGUCAUGUGUCCUGACAUGAGCCUGUUGUCUCCAUGCCCUCUGAGCAGGUGCAUGGGAGUGGAAAGGAAGGCUGGCAGGAAGGAAGGAAAGCUGGCCAGCCCACUAUAGUCUUCUGGCUGAGAGCUCUCUCCCUAAAGGAACGAACAAAAUACUUGGAGCCAUCCCUGAAAUGAGGCCACAGAACAGUUGCCUCCUAAUUGUAUUUCUCACUCAGUAAUAAACAUAAUUAAUUUUCCCUUUCUCUCGGUUGGAUCAAAACAUAGUAAGCAGGGGAAACAGUGGCUCAAGUAGAUAGCGAGGAAGAUAAUUGUAUUGAACUUCCAUUGUUUCUAGAAUAUAUAUGGCAGCUCAAACAUACAUUGACUGGAAUAUAGAUACAAUGUUCAAAAGCAUGUGACCUUUCUCCCUCCUUUUCAGGUGGUUCCAUCAAGGGCUGAAUCCAUACACCAGUGGGCAUGACUGGCUUUACUCUGGGAACUACUGGGACAGAAACUAUUUCAGCUUGCCUGAUAUUUAUUAAACUGCAUCGGGAAGUCCGAGACUAACACAAACAAGUCUUAAUCAGUUUUCAGUGUUUUCCUUUGUUCCUGUACUCUUAGAGAAAAAACAACAACUCUGAAUUUUAAUUGAAUGUACUAUAUUCAGCAGCUUCUGCAGCAAUUAUGGUAGCACAAGAUUAUUGGGAGGAGAUUUUGUCCACUCCCCUAUAUUCAACCAUGUAUAAUAUGCAUACACCACAUCCGUUACAGGGAGAAAGAGCACUACCUAUAUUUGCUGAAGAAACAGUGCAACUCAUGUUCUGUCCCACCCAGGUCAAAUAGAAAAUAGAAACCCUUUGGGUUUUCUGUCUUUCUCUUUGGUCAGUGAUAAUCUGCUCACAUAAUGGAAAUUUGAAGCCUCUUAUGAAACAAAUAUCAAAAGCACACUCGGGAAAUGCAAUACUACCAUGGCUUGGAGGCAGAGAAGGGCAUGCCACUCUUGAGAAGAAUUACUCAACUUUCUAAAAGUGACGUUCCAUUACUUCAUAAAAUACUGGAUUAUAGAUUAUUAGCCUCAAAAUGUUACUCUCUCUGCACCAGCCUGCCCUUCUUCCCAUUCAUCUCCAGAAUACUAAGUAGGAUUAACUGGUAUAAAAUACUCAGAAAUAUCUAUUCCAUGUUUAGUGCAGUGUUUUGAAUUUGCUCUUACAACUUUUAUUACCAUGCUCAAAUCUUUAUGGAAUUAAGAGCCAUUUAAAUCUUUAAAAGUUUAACUAAAAUGAAGUAUUUUUUUUUUUAAUCUGCAAUGCACUUAAGAUGUGCUCAGCACUAUCAUAGGUGGGAGGAACUGGUUCUAAGCAACAGCAUGGAUAUUUCAAAUGUCUCUGGGUAUUUGCUGUCAGAAGCAAACUCUCAAAGGAAGUUGUGCGCAUUUCAAAGCCAGCAAGGCAGCUCUGAAACUACUGUACACAGCAGAUUUACCCCUUUGUUUGGGGUACAUUAAACUUUAUGGCAUUAUAUAUUUGUAUAAAACUGAGUACAUAAAUUCCAGAGGGCUUGCUGCUCUUGUAUAAUUUAAUUGCUGUUUGGAAGUAUAGUGUUAACUGAAUAAUUUAAUUGCUAUUAAUAAAGACUUUAAACUGCCUCAUG